UGGAAAUCCGAGAGAGGCCCCAGACAGGAUAUGAUGGAGCUGCCGAGCCCAGGUGACAGAGCUGCUGUAGCAGGAGGUACAGUCCUUGCACGGCCAGGAUUAUAAAGCUUCCUUUCAGGGACUUGCAGCCUCGGCCUGUAUUCUCUACCCUUUUAUUCAGAGUUCUAAGAGAAUACCAGGACCUUAUACUGGUGUAUACAUAAUUGUAGCAGCCAUUCUAUGCAGUGUGAGGAUUAGAUCUGCAUUAUGUUAUUACAUAGUAAUUAUUCAUUAAGAUACACAUAAUGUUAUAGAGUUUUCCUUUAUACCAAGUCAAAGCAUUAUGGGAGUUGUAGUUUAUAAGUUGGUACUCAUUGAUUUUGGACACUCAUGCUGUAGAGCCUGUGUAGCCACCUGCUGCCCUUCAACUGUUAAAUUGCAACUUUUUGUAUUUCCCAGCUAGAAUCUGCAGCUUGCCAGGGUUGUCUUGCCUUGCAUUGGCUUAUAUUGAACAGAGCACAGUUUGUCACCAAUGAUAAUAUAUUUAAGUCUUUGGCUACUCUUUUGCCAAGUAAUAUAAUGCCAUCAGGUGAACUUGCAUAACACAGUAUGACUGUGCAUUAAAGGGGCACUGUCAUGCCGAUCUUACCUUUCCCCAAUUGAUUCCUCUUCUCUCCCUCUUCCAGGAUCUGUUCUUCAUUUCUUCCUGUCUUCUCUAGUUUUCUUUUAAAAAAACUACUUUGUCUUAUGGAGGUUUCCUACGACUGACCAGCUAUGACCAGCAGAGGAGCAAAGUGUGCUUCAUUUCCGGCGGUUAGUGGAACUUUCCCACAAUUCUCACCUUUGAUCUGUGAUAUCGCAAUGCUUCCUGUCAGUAUUCCCGAGCUUCUUUUCACUUAGAAUGCUGGCGACACUACCGAAUUGUGUCCUAACAGAAUUAAAAUAACCCCUCCCUCCCCCUCAAUAAAUGGCCCCAUGGUGGGGCAUCUCUUAACUACCCUGCGGGGGACAACAUUGUGUGUCCCCCGAGCCCUCACCUGUGCCCCCGCGAGUUUCUCUGAAACUGCUAUGUUUACAUCUGAAGGGUUAAAACCUGAGGGACCUGGCACCCAGACCACUUCAUUGAGCUGAAGUGGUCUGGGUGACUAUAGUGUCCCUUUAAAGUAAACUGGGGACAUAGGGUCCCCCUUGGCCCCCACCCAUGGGUGGUGGGACCUAUUGUCCUUCCCGGGCCCCACCCCUAAGCAGUGGGUGGGGCCCUAAAUAAUAAGGGGGGCCUAUUUUCCUCCCCCCGCGGCCCUUACCCCUGAGCGGUGGAUGGGGGCCCAAAAUAACAAUAGGGAGGAACCUAUUGUCCUCCCCCCUGAGCGGCGGGUGGGGGUCUUAAAUAAUAAUAAGGCGGGGAAAAAAAAAAUCCAUCUUCACCCAUGGAUGGCACGGUACAGAUUGAGCUUCCCACGCCUUGCAUACACACACACACAGACACAUACAGAGACAGACACAUACACAUACAGAGACACAGACACAUACAUACGGGGCCCCAUGGAUUGUGUGAAUGCCACUGCAUACAGAGACACAUACAUACAUACAGAGGCACAGACACACAUACAUAGACACACACACAUACAUACAGGGCCCCAUAGAUUGUGUGUACGCCACUGUAUACAGAGAGACACAGAAAUACAUACAGACUCACACAUACAGAGACACAGACAUACACAUACAGAGACACACACACACACACACAGAGAUACGCAUACAGAGACACAGACACACACACAUACAUAGACACGCACAGAGACACAGACACACGUACAUACAGAGACACAGACACGUACAUACAGAGACACAGACAAAUACAUACAGAGAGACACACAGAUACAUACAGACACACACGUACAUAGACACACACAAAGAGACACAGACACACAGACACACACACAUAUAGAAAAUGUUUCCUACCUUGUGACUUUCCCUGGGGUCCAGUGGGGGCUCAGUCUGAUGGGAGUCAGAGUUCCCACUCUGACUCCCUCCUCCUUCCUCCCGCGCGGGCUGAUAGCUGGGAGGAGUGACCGGGGAAUCACUUCCUCCCAGCGAUGAUGUAAUCACAGGAGGCCCGGUCGUGCUGUUAAAGAGCCCAGCGCUGACCGGGCCCCCUUACAAUCCAUAUCCAUCGGGUGUCCCUGACAGCAUGGGCCACCCGAUGGACCCCUCCAUAGGCCCCGGUGGUUUGCCGCACGGGCUGGGGCCGCACAACUUGGCAGCUGGUACCCGGCCGCAUGGGUGUCCAGUGCGGCCGGGCCCCCUGGAGUGCCGGGCCCGGUCGCAGUUGCGACCCCUGCGACCGCAGUAUGUACACCGCUGAGUGGACCAAAUAACCCUAUAGUGCCAGGAAAACAAUUUUGUUUUUCUGGCACUAUAGUGCUCCUUUAAUGGCCCAGAGUAAAUGCUUGCUCCUGAGAAAAAUUGCAGAUUGUGGCUAGUAGGUAGUAGUAAAUUAGGAAUUUUAUUUAAAUAUUGCAAAUACUUUUAUUUUGCACUUGAUAUAGUAGUUAAUGGGGGUUUAAAGUAAGUAUUAUACGCACAAUAUGAAGUAGUGGCUUUCAAGUGAUUCCUGACCUGUGAUACAUAUAUAUGAAAAGGUUAUUCAUGUAACUUUGAAUGUUCCUUAUCCCGUAUUGCAAAAAUAUUCUGGCAAAAAUCAGAGACAUUUGUAGGAAAACAUUUGGACAUUGUUCACGGUAUUUGUCAAUGUUUGGAUGUUGCAAGGGAAUGACUGAAUGGACAUGGGAUGCAAACUGGCUUAAAUCUGAAAUAUGUGCUCGCUGGCAGUGCUCAUGUAGAGCUCGCCUGCCACUUUCAUAAGCUAUGGGGAGCUAACGAAGGAGGAAGCAAAUCUCCCUGGUUCCAAAAUCUAAUUAUAAAUGUGCUGAUUUCUCAUAAAAACUGGGGUUACAAUAGGAUAUCCCUCAUAAAGCACUUCAGUCAAGCACUCUAUUUCUCUAGUAGUGGAUCAGGGCUGUGGCAUUUAUUUAAAAUAAUCUACUUGUUCAAGAAACUAAAGUGGUAGCCCAAUCUAUGUUUUCAUCAUGAAAGAAUUCUCCAACUAUGCUAUAGUCACAAUAUGGUUAUUUUUGCCUCAGUUUUGCAGUUUUCUGAAUUACCCUGAUUAUUUCACUCUCUACCUUCCCCCAGUCUCUGGUUAUUCACUAAAGUAUGAAUGGCCUCAUACCAAAUAUGGCAAAACCAUUCGGCUACAUUCAGGGCCAUUCGUGCUGCAAAAUCCAGACAUUAUUCACGCUAUUGGGCCCGGAUUUUAGCCGAACUCCAUGCCACUUGAAUAAAAUCCAAACUAUUUAAAAAGAUAAAUCCACUUUGUCUCCAGUAAGUUGUUCUGGGUGCAGUGUCCCUGUCCCUUUUAACCCUGCAAUGUAAAACACUGCCAUUUUAGUGAAAUUGCAAGGUUAAAUCCACCACUACUGACAGCUAAGCGCUUCCACUGCACUGACGGUAAGUAAAUUUGUUCAUGUGGUUUGAAAGCAUUGAUUCCUAUGUGGGCUUUCAGGCCACAUAAACAUUGGUAUUAAUUAGACAUGUCUGCAGCGUAAAAAUUUGGUUCAGCCAAGUCACUUUGUUCCAAAAGUUGGUUUUUUUUGGAUAGUCGUCUUUCUGGCGGGUUGGCAGAUGAUAAAUAUUAAAAAAGCAGUUUGGACAAACCAAAAGGGCUUUAAAAUGGGACAAUUAAUGUACUGCAACAUAUAAAUAUUACUCUGAUAGGAGCAUUUUCUCUCCAUUUUGUUCACAAAUCAAUGGGGAGGAAAACUAAAAAAGCGUUGUGCUGCCUGGGAACACCAGGUCAUCAAAAUCUGGAGGUUGGGACAGUAUCCUUAAAGGAACACUAUAAGGUCAGGAAAACACCCAUGAAUUCCUGACCCUACAAUGUUAAAAACACUAUCUAGCCUCCCCCUUGCUCUCCUACAUAGUAAAAUCUUACCUUUAUUACAGUCUGCUGAUGCUUGCUCUGCCCCUGACCUGCCUCCUUGGCUGAUAUCAUCAGAAGUGAUGAUCUCAACCAAUCACAAUGCUUUUCUAUAGGAAACCAUUAGAUUGACUGAGAUUGUCAAUUCUGAUGAUCUCAGCCAAGCAGGCAGGCUGCUGGCAGAGCCAAACCCCGUCCUGGCCAAUCAACAUCUCUCAUAGAGAUGCAUUGAAUCAGUGCCCCAUAGCUGUCGUGACUAAGUACCGCUGAGGACUGUUUGUGGGUUUAUUCAUGCGAACGGCCACCAGGGAGCCAGCGUUCGGUUCAGUUCCAGAGAAGGGAAGGUGCCGAACCAGGGGCACAGAGGGAAAGCUGCUAAUGGUGGCUGGGCAGGGUAACACCCGAACGGAGUCACCAACCUGGACCAUAGUCUGUGGGCAGGAGGUUAGCUUCCACACUCCUCCAGGAGUUUGUUGCAAACAUGUUUGUCACAUGCACUUUUUAUUUGAUUGCAUAAUAUCCUUUCUAAAUAAUUAAAGGGACACUGUAAGGACUAAAACAUCUUAAUGUAGUAGUUUUGGUGCAUAGACCAUGCUCCCUUUUUGUUUUGGACAAUGUUAAACAUUUGUCCAAAACCACACCUUUAGUGCCACUAGAUGUGCUUCCUCAUUGAAGUCUAUCUGUUCUUGAAGGUCGUCACUUUUGCUAUCGCCACUCACAGCAUGAUGACACCAGGUGAAUGAGAACGCUGGAUUGUUAUAUUAUAAUACUUAUCAUCUUAAACUAUAGGGGUCCUGAAUCUAAAAUGACAGAGAGCAUAUCUAACUUUAAAAACAAUGGGGGUUAUAUAUAAAAUGUAUUGUGGAACCAGCGGGAAUAUUGCGUUGGUGAUCCUGUCCUUUUUCCAAGUUAGCACUAUUUAUUUAUUUUAAAACACCCACUUUAUUGUACAUAACACCUCGCUAUAUUUUAACCCCUUAAGGACCAAACGUCUGGAGUAAAAGGGAAUCAUGACAUGUCACACAUGUCAUGUGUCCUUAAGGGGUUAAAUUGAGUGAUAAAUUCACCCAGCAACCCAGAAUAUAAGAAAUAACAAGAAAUGCUCAAAGACGGUACGGAGGUUCACGAAUGUGAUGCCUUAUUACGACCAAAUUAUUACAGCAACAUCGCUUUAGCAAGUUCAGACAUCACUCAUAUCUCUUAGCCUUAUUGCCAAUACCCUCUAAAAAGCCUUUUCCAAUGAGCCAGUCCGAAGCUGGAAUAGUGAAAAUAUAGGAUCACAUCUUUAUUGCAGUAGAAUAGAAGCAGUCAAAACUGAUUCUGAGAGCUCACACAUUAAGAUCUUGAAUAUAUACAUUAUAUCCGUGAAAGAAAAUGAAAAAAGCACACAAAACCCCAGAAAAUAAUUUUAUCAUGGCAGGUUUAGCAUACAUUGUUCUUUGCCUAUUCGCCUAACAGGAAAGUAGACUUCUAAUUUGGGAGGAGGGUAAUUCUUCACACCUGCUGGCCUUGAAAACCUUCGCUACAAAUAUUGAAAGUUUUGUUACAAAAUAAUAAUACUGCUGAGCACACACUUGCUUAUUAACCCUUCUGUUACAAUUCUUUAACUAUUUGGAUAUUUGUCUGUCUGUUCAUCUUAUCAUUAAAGGGAUACUAUACAAAACUGUAUUCCUGGCACGAUUGUUCCCUCGAGCUCCCCACAACCGAGUAAAUAAAAUGUUAAAAAUCCUUUAUUUACUUUACCUCUGCGCUGGGUCGACGCUCCGCCCCGCGUCAAGCAGGCGCCAAUGCGCAUGAAUCAAUGCUUUCUUAUGGGGGGAAAUCUGACGCUGGUAGACAGGCACUAGAGGCUGACUUAGUGCUGCAAUGUAAACAUUGCAGUAUCUCUGGAAAAGGUGUAAAAGGUACACUGCACCCAGACCACUUCAAUAAGUGGUCUGUGUGCCUACAGUCUCCCUUUAAGGCUGUUAACAUGAUGUUCGCCACAUACCUAUAGGCUGAUUAUUUUACAUCUUUAAAAUAAUUUUUAUAGCUUUAACACACUCCACUGUGUUUUCCAGUUUUAUUAAAGGGAUGUAUAGCAGCGAGUAACUGGCAAAUCUAUGUGAUGGAUAGAGAGAUGUGUUUAUCGGACCCCGAAACCACUAUCCGAUAUAAAAUAUAAACCACUCGAAUACGGACAAAAUAUUAAUAACACUUUUGAGAUUGGUGAAGUAAAAUGUAUUUGAAGCUAAUUUAGCCUCCUUUCAGUAAAUGUGUAUGGUGUCAAAUGGAUUUUCCUGCUGGAUUUAUCCCGCAGUGUAUGUUCUCUUAUUUCUGCAAUAAACCUGCAACUGGAGAGCAGCCUUGUCGUAAAUAGUUCUCAAGCUUUGUGCUGCUGUUCACAUUAUAACAAUCCACCGAUCACAUGUAAAACACACUGUGCAAAGUAUACACAAUAACAGCAAGCAACAAGAACAGCCUAGGUAUAGCUCCCACCCCUCGAUUUAGCAAAGAUUUUAUUUUCCUCUGAAAUUACUAUUAUUACAAUUAUGUGAAUUGAAAUAGUUUAACCUCACACUAAUUGUGUGUUUGCUUGCAUUUAUGUUUGUUUUGUUUCCAAGUAUACAGUGUUUCUCCCUAAGUGUUUUGUCAUUCUAAAUUUAAAUUUUUUUUUAAGUCAAAUGGUUUGACAUACGUUUGAAGAUCCAUAGCAAGUUCGAAACGUUAUUUGACAGCCAGGGUCAUUCACUAAAGUGAGAAUUCAAAGUGAAUUCCAAAUUUAAGGCCAGAGUAACUCAACUGAAACCAUAGUAGAGACUUCAUCCAGUUUGGCUAUUUUGAUCUUUAAAGCGGCACUGUCAUGCCGAACUUACCUUUCUUUAAUCGAUUCCUCUUCUCUCCCUCUGUCAGGAUCUUUUCCUCAUUUCUUUCUGUCUGCUCUAGUUUUCUUUAAAGCAUAAAACAAAGUAGGGACUACUUUGUCUUAUGGAGGUUUCCUACGCUUGACCGGCUUUGACCAACGGAGGAGCAAAGUUUGCUUCAUUUCCGGUGGUCAGAGCAAUCUUCCCACAAUUCUCACCUUUGAUCCGUGAUCUCGCGAUGCUUCCUGUCAGUAUUCCCGAACGUCCUGUCACUUAGACAGAACGCCGGUGAAACUACCGAAUUUCGUCCUAACAGAAUGAGAACAUUUUGUUCAUUCAUGUUAGGACGCAAUUCGAGACUUUGUUUGGAUCGAAAUUUGCGUGAAUGAUCCUAUUCGUGCUACGGCUGCAUCUUGCAGCCGCUUAGUAGAUAACUUAAUAGCACACUUUGCUCCUCCGCUGGUCAAGCGUAGGAAACCUGCAUACUUUGUCUUGUGUUUUAAAGAAAACUAGAGCAGACAGGAAAAAAUGAAGAACAGAUCCUGAGAGAAGAAGAGAAGAUGAAUCGAUUAAAGAAAGGUAAGUUAGGCAUGACAGUGCUGCUUUAAUUUGAAAUUCUCUGUGAAUACACUUUGCAUUCUCACUCUAGUAAAUAAACCUGUAAAUCAUUUCAAUAGAGUAACACAGCAUUACUUCAUUUCGAAGCCUGCACUACAUUGUUGUUUAGGAAUCGGAACAUCCAAUCUCAAAACCUUUAAUUUAAAGGGAUUCACUAGUGCCAGGGAAGACAAACCCCUUUUCCUGGUACUGUAGAAUCCUGGAGUGCUCCAAUCUGAUUUUGAUGAUGGAGUUAAAACUUGAAAACUGUAAGGUAUGUGCAUGUCUAUGCUUCUACAUUUGCGUAUAUGCUAGCAUUAUUUACAUUUUCUGUGUGAGUAAAACUUGUACCUGGAAUGCUCUUCAGUAGAGUUGAGUGGAAACCUGGAUGUUCGGGUCCGGUGGGUUCGGCCGAACUUUGAAAAAAAGUCCGGGUUCGGUCUCGAACUUGACCCCGAACCCCAUUGAAGUCAAUGGGGACCCGAACUUUUGGCCACAAAAAUGGCUCUAAAAAACUCCUGGAAAGGGCUAGAGGGCUGGAAAAGGAAGUAAAAUGGGGGUAAGAGUAGGACAAGUGCCCUGCAAACAAAUGUGGAUAGGGAAGUAACUUAAAAAUAAAAUAAGCAGUCGCUUAGUAGAUAACUCCCUAAUUCACACAGUAUUAGGGAGCUAUCUACCAAAAUGCUGAAAGACCUAAAUUGGUCACCUAAAUUGGUCUUUCAGCCACAUUUACUAAUACUAAGUAAAGAUUACUUAGUAUUAGUAAAUUCAGCCCCUACUCGCUAUACCGCGAGUAGGGGCGUGUCUAGUAAACAGUGAGCAGCCAGUGGCUGCUCACUGUAAAAAAACAACCUAUUGUACCCACCCCAGUGCGACGGGAGGGGGCCCUAAAUAAGGAUGUGGAGGGGGGGACCUACUGUCCUCCCCCCUGGCCCCCACCCCUGCGCGGUGGGUGGGGGCCAUAAAAGAACCCCCAUUUUUAUUUAUGACCCCCACCCAUCGCUCAGGGGUGGAGGCCAGGAGGGGGAGGACAUUAGGUACCUCCCCCUUAUUGUUAUUUAGGUCCCCCACACGCCGAGCAGAGGUGGGGGCCGGGGGGAGGUCAUUAGGUCCCCCCAAUAUUUAUUUAUGGCCCCCACCCACCCCUCAGGAACGGAGGGGUAGAAAAAGCAAAAAAUAAAGACCAGACCACGCAAACCACACAGGCCCAGAAUGAUGCCCAGGGCACGCUACAACGACUGAGGUUCGGGUCUCCCAACUGAAAAACCAACUGAUGCUGGCUAGACAAACUACUGAGCGGGAGGGGGCGGAGGACACAGGUGACCCUAGAUAGGAAAAGGUUUCCCACACACCGCCCACUAGAAGUACACACUUAAGUGUCACACCGUCCUUUAGACCCCGACUGAGAGAAAGGGACCAACCCUUAGGGACGACAAGGAGAUAGGCCACGUUCCCACUGGACAAGGGUGUAAAGUUUGCGGCAGGGGGACUCGACUGGGCCGACUGGUACGGCCGGGCCGACUCCUGCCUUACUCACACCUUUGCCUUACUUGGUUACAUAGUUUGAAUUACAGUUAACUGUUACUGUUGAAUUUACUUUUCACAGCGCGUUGCUCUCGCCCGUGGGGUCCCCGGAGGCGGGGGGGAAAAAUCCCAUACCCGCAUAACAGCGCCUAAGACGCAUGCAAACACCCACCACCAACCCCAAGUAUCCCACCCUCCCCCCCCCUUCCAAAGAGCCAACAACCCAGCCGCACCCUUACUAUGCCUGCACCGACCACACACAAACAAGCGGAGAUCAACCUCCUUACCAUUAAUGCUAAAGUACUGAACAUACCAGAAAAGCGCUCCAACGCGCUACGCCAUUUCCACAGUCAGAGGGCACACAUAGUGUUAGUCCAAGAAACAAGAAACCCGCUUUAAGGAGGGUCAGACCCCAAAGCUCACAGACGGACGAUACACUCAGUGCUUUCUUAGUAAUAAUCCAGAAGGGAAAACCAAAGGAACAGCAAUACUGAUUCACAAGUCGCUACACUUUGCCCCCACCGACGUACUAAGUGACAAACAGGGACGGUACAUCUGUGUCAAAGGAACAAUAGCUGACCAACCAUACACAUUUGCGUGCCUUUAUGCCCCCAAUAGGUCCCAACACCAUUUCUUGCUAUCAGCAACCAGGACCAUAGAGGGGUUCGCCGAGGGCUGCCUGAUCAUAGGGGGCGACCUGAACGUGGCCCUGAGGCCGAAUAUAGACACGUCAACGGGAACCUCAACAUUGCCCCAACACAUCCUGACGGACAUAGAUAAGACCCUACAUGAAAAACGACUAGUAGACUGCUGGAGGGCGACACACCCAGUAGACCGAGAUUACACCUUUUACUCUGCUCCCAACGAGACAUAUUGAAGGAUAGACUAUUUUCUCAUGCCACAUUACCUCCUGACCGAAAUCUGACGGACUACUAUAGGCACGGCUACCUGGUCUGACCACGCCCCUGUCUCGAUGUCACUGACCUCCCCGCUAUUCAGACCCACAUGCAACAACUGGAGACUCAACGACUCCCUCCUUAAUGACCCAGUCGUGACUACAGAGGCCAAAGAAAGACUUGCGCAAUAUUUCACAGAAAACGACACACCUGACGUCACGCACUUCUGCCUAUGGGAAGCUCACAAAAGUGUGAUGACGGGACACUUCAUUGUUAAAGGAGCAGCCCUCAAAAAAGCCGCCAGACUCAAAACCCUAAUGACCGAAAUAUAGACAUUAGAAAACAAACACAAACAGACCCACCUCCCAGCAGACUGGGCGCAACUGACGGCACUCCGCAGGGAACUUUCCUCUAUUCUUAACGCCAACUACCACAGGGCCUGCUUACACACCAAGGCAUUUUUCUAUACUAACGCUAACAAAUGUGGUGUCCUCCUCGCCCGCAUGAUAGCCAAAAAGAGAGCAUCAGCAUACAUCCCAAAAAUCAGAGACAAAACGGGGAAGAUUCAGUGCAUGCCAAGGGACAUGGCAGACGCCAUACGAACAUACUAUGACCUAUACACACUGGAAACACACAGAAUGGACAGCAGACAAAAAAAACACACAUAACACAAUAUCUAGAAUCACGCAUGGGCAAACGCCUCACACAAGAGGCAAGCACAGAACUAGACGAACCAAUCACAACACAGGAAGUGGCAUGGGCCCCUUAAAACGGCCAAACCGGGCAAGAGCCCGGGACCAGAUGGCCUCUCAAUAAGUUACUACAAAACAUACGCGGAGCUCCUCAUCCCACGCCUCCUGGCAGCGCUCAAUGCGAUCCAUGAAGGGACACAGAUCCCGACACAAACCCUAGAGGCGAACAUUGCCUUAAUUCCCAAAGAGGGGAAGAACCCUGAACUAUGCAUAAACUACCGGACAAUAUCGCUGCUAAAUUGCGAUCUGAAACUCUUCACCAAGAUACUCUCGCAGAGGCUACAGACCUUUCUCCCAGACUUGAUACACGGGGAUCAAGUGGGAUUCACCCCACAACGAGAGGCGAGGGAUAACACGAUCAGGGCACUAGCCCUAAUCCACACCGCAAUAACCGGCAAAGAGGGCCUUCUCUUGCUCUCUACAGAUGCAGAGAAGGCCUUCGAUAGGAUAUCCUGGGACUUUAUGUUCCAUGUACUUGAAGAGCUAGGGAUGGGACCAUUUAUGCUAGCCUGGAUCAAAGCGCUGUACUCACGACCGACUGCACAAGUCUGCAUAAACGGAGCCUUCACCGACCCCUUCCCGAUAAAGAAUGGGACUAGACCGGGUUGCCCCCUCUCAGUUUAGGUACCGACAACUGAAAGAGUUCACACAAACAAUACUCCAAACACACAACACCACCAGACCACUAACACCAUUCGAAGAAACUUGUAUGAACCCAGAUCCCCUAGCAAAAGGACUCUCCACGCUCUAUGGCAUGCUCAUGCGGAUGCGGAGACAACCGCACCGCACCCAAGCUUCAUGGGGAAAUGGGAAGUAGCCCUGGACACAACCUUCACACCUGACCAAUGGGACAAGAUAUGUACUCUCACACUACACUGCACACCGUCAAGCGGGACGCAGGAAACGGCCUACAAAAUAUUAGAACGCUGGUACUGCACCCCAUAUCAAACACAUAUAUAUAACCCCACGACUGAUGACACAUGCUGGAGAUGCACAAGACACACAGGCACCUACCUCCACAUAUGGUGGGAAUGCCCACUCAUUCGACCAUACUGGGAGACCAUAUAUAAAAUCAUCAAGAGGUUCACUGACACCCCACCACCAAAGGACCCUGCAACAUUCCUCAUCCACCACACCACGACAAGGGCAUCAAUAUACAAAACAUCCCUCACACUUAGAAUAUUUAAUGUGGCUAAAGGCCUCAUCCCUAUCUACUGGAAAAAACAAUCCGCAUCACCACUGGGAACAUGGUACCAACGCAUGGAGGAACUCAGAGCACUAGAGGAGCUCUCCCUAAUGGCAGAGGAGAAGGCACAGACAUACCUGACGAUAUGGACACACUGGAUCCUGGCUACUGAGCGCCCGGACUUCCAAGACAUGCUACGCCAACCUUGACGGCACGGACAAGACCAUAGACGGACAGGAUAGGAAACAGAACCCCCCCCCCCCCAUCUCUCCCCACCUCCCCCGUGGGCCGGAGAGCAGCGACGCGCAUAAGAUAAGAGUAGAUGACGAGACACCACAGAUAGGCAGGCUCGAGCACAGAACAUAAGGAACAUAAAUUACGAGGAUACAGAUGAGGGGAAAAGAGGGAAAUGUAAACACACCAGCAAUAGAGAGGAAAGGGACACCUGGUAGGUAACCCCCCUUGGCCGCAGAGAAGGCUACCACAUACAAGAGGCAGGCAGACAACGAUAACCGAUCACAAGACAUAGACCGUUAAAUACAGUUAUCACUGCCGGCAGACCUCAGAAGGGAGACCACACCACCUCUCUCUCCCCCCGCCCCCCCACAGUAAACGACACUUACACUUAGCACACAAGACACCAACGAAGACUCCCAUUAAGACUACUAGAACCAGACAUGGUAAACAUACUGGGAACUAUAGAGCUAUGCCUGUCUUAUUGUAUAUACGAAAGAACCUGAGAGUCCACUGAAAAAGAACCACAAAAGCCCUAAAGUGACUUGUAUGCCACUACAGUAUACAAGGUAACACCGUAUCCCCAGAAAAACAAAGGAAAUUGUAAAUGAUUGGACCUGCGUGUCCACACUGUUGGUUCACUUUAUGAAAAAUUUUAAAAAGUCAAAUAAAAAUAUAUUCACAAAAAAAAAUAUUAAUUUAAACUAGGUCUGGUGCCUAUAGGCAUUUCCUAUAAUCUAUUUUAUUACUGCUUUAUUAUUUUCAUUAUAUAAUGUUUUCAUUAUUCUGCCAUCUUCUGCUGAAUUUGUGUGUGCCUUCGAACUAUGUCUAAACUGUUAUAUAUAAAUAAGUUUACAUAGGUUCUCUUCUGCACAGCUAUGUAUAGUUACUUCCUAUAGUUACUGUCUAUUUACCUGUUUAAUUCAGCUAUUUAAUUUGAAAUGGGUAAAAUUCUCUAGUUUUAAUGUUAUACAAACUAAUGUAUAAACUAAUGCCAAAGAAAAAAACACUGAUGGAAAUUAAUAAUCUAAAAUGUUUCAAACUUGACGCAAUUUUAAAUAUCAAAUUUUGCUUCUCUGCCAAACUAGUCAUGCCGUCAUCUUUAAAGUGGCACUGCCAUGGCCAUAUCCAGUUUUUUUUAAUUGGGGGGACGACGACAUAUCUAUUGUCUUCUCCCACCUGUGGGGGCUAAAUGUAAAAAUAAUCCCCCAAUGGUGACUAGGGGUCCCCAAGCCUCUAGUCACCACCCCACCCACCCCCAAAAAUUAAAUAAGCCCUACCUACCCCCCUCACCCUAAAAAUAGUGAGGGUGGAGACAAUUAAACUAAAUACAUGUAAAUAAAUGAACAAUACUUACCAUUUGAUGUCUUCUUUUUUCUAAAACCUUAAGUCUCUACAUUUCCCUGUCACAGCACUUUGAUUGGCCAGGAAUCCAACCACUCAUAAAAUGCCAAAGAACUUUCCCACGCUGUGUAAAAUGACUCAGAGGACUUUAUAAGCCUUUCCCCGCCCUGCGGAGCUCAGUCUGCGCCGUGUCCUCGCUGGGUGAAGAUUUUUUUUUAUUUUGUAAGUUCGACGGGUAUUAUGGAUUUUUAUUUGGCCUUUUUUGGGGCUGAAAAAGGAAGGUUUUAGAAAAAAGAAGACAUCAAAUGGUAAGUAUUUUUUAUUUUUUUAUAUCAAUUUAGCCCUCACCCGUUGCCCAUGGGUGGAGGCCGGGGGACGAGGACAAUAGGUCCCCCCAUUUUUAUUUAGGGCCCCCACCCGCCGCUCAUGGGUGGGGGCCAGAGGGGAAUACAAUAGACUCCCACCCCCCCCAUUUUCCUUUAGGGUCCCCACCCGUCAUUUAUGGGUGGGGGCCAGGGGGGAGGACAAUAGGUGUGUGUCCCCCCUCCCCAUCCAUUUUCAUUUAGGACCCCUACCCACUGCUCAUGGGUGAGGGUUGGGGGUCUGUCCCCGUUUAUUUGAAUAGCCCCCUGUUACAAACUGCCAUUUGUAACUGUUAUUUUAUUUGACUAAUUGCCCUGCUUCCCUGUGUUAUGGAGAAGCCUAAUUGCCAGCCUUCUGCCCCAUGACUAUGGACCUAGUGUGUAUGGCGAUUUGACUGUAUUUGUGGGAUCUGAGCGCUGUUUGGAUAUAUUGAGCGCUCAGAUCCAAGCCAUCUGGGGAUAGGUUGAAUGUGGGGGUUCUGUUCAGUUCAAUAGGAGUUAUGUAUUUUUGUGUCUUUUUGUGUCUUUUGCUAACAUGUGGUUAAUGGAGUCUGCCUCUAUCCCUGGAUAAUUGGAUUACUUUCCCCAUUGUCCAGGAUAGAGGCCUCUGUAAAACCGGUUUGGGCCAGAAAACCAUGCUGCCAGCCAGGCCCCAAAAGACACUUUUGCUAACUUUUGAACCCCUUGUCUGAUUUGUGCCAUUUUUUAAUAUGUUGCUCCCCUUAAUGGAUUGAUUCCAAAUAUGUAAUUUUUAUGAAGAUUGGAUGUGUAGUUUGGAAGUUAUAGUACAUGUAUAAAAACUGUAUUUUUACUGUUCUGUUUUAAUUAUGUUAUGUGAUUAUCUGAGGGAUGGGAAUUUCCCCGAAUGUAUAUUGUUCCGAUUGGUUAUACUGCUAAUUAUGUGGGUGUCUCCCUUGCAUGGGCAGAAUCUCAUAAAAGCAGAGUGUGUUCCAUUAAACAUCAGAUCUUCUUGACCCUCAAUACGUAGCCUUGUCUCGUUAUUGGAGGGAACUGCUAUAUCACACUGGGGAUUGCUAUGCUCUGCAUACUCCCCUGAGCUUUUAAUCACUUAGCUCUUUUAAGAGCUGUUCCUGUUACGCUCUCCUGGAGGAGAGGUCUUCCCCACACGGUCCUGGAGGACAGAAGCUGAUCCAGGGUGGAAGGAAGACGGCGAGACUCCAGUUAAGCUACGGCGGUUGUGGAGUCUGCGGUGGUUGUGGUGUCGGCUGCAGUGUUUGGAGUCCUCAGGAAGCGCUAGGAGCAUCCAUCAACGGAGGGUACUCGGUCGGAGUACAGGGAGCUCCGUUACACCCCCACUCGCAGGGCUCGGGGGGGACACAAUGCUCCCCCCCAGCUAGUUAAUAGAUGCCCCACCAUUGGGGGGGGGGGGGUUUACAACAGUGAGCAGCAACUGUUUAGUAGACAUGCGUCAUAGCUAGUAGGAGCAAAUUAAUCACUAAUACUAGGUAAUCUCUAUCUACUAAGCAGCUGCAAGAAUCGGAUCGGAAUUUCAUUAAUUCUAAUGAAAUUUCGAACCGACCUAAAAGUACCGAAUGCAGUCUUAACAUGAAUGAACAAACUAAUCUCAUUCUGUUAGGACGAAAUUCAGUAGUUUCACUGGCGUUCAGUCUUAAUGACAGAACGCUCUGGAAUAGUGAAAGGAGGCAUCGCAAGAUCACGGAGGAAAGGUGAGAAUUGUGGGAACAUUUUUCGGAACACAGGAAAUGGAGCACACUCUGCUCCUCCGCUGGUCAAGCGUAGAAAAAAAUACAUAAAACAAAAUAGUCCCUACUUUGUAUUAUGUUUUAAAGAAAACUAGAGCAGACAGCAGGGCCGGACUGGGGAAAAAAUUAGGCCCGGGCAUUUUUCAAUCAGAGCGGCCCCCUAAGAAGGGGGCGGGGCCAGAGAGGGUGUGUUUUGUCAUCACUAAUGACAAGCACGCCUCCUCUCAAAGUGAGCAUGUUGGUUCAAUGCCCAGAGCUGCGCUGAAGAGCUCUGGCAUUAGAAAAAGGCCCUGUAUUUGUUCUGCGCAGCGCAAGCAAAUUUAAUAACAUGCUUGCGCUGUGUUUGCUUUUAAAUUGUCUCUGGUGUCUCAACAAGUGGGAUACCAGAGGACAAAAGGGCCAGGAAAGUGUAUGGUGCAUGUGUUUGGAGCCUGUUUGUGGGAUUGCGUGUGUGUAGAGUGUGGUGUGGUAUUGUGUAAAUAGGUCAAUUUCAUAUGUGUUUGUGGUGUAAUAUGUGUGGCUAGGGGCUGUAGAGAGUGUGUGUAUAGGUGGCAUAGUGUUAUAGGGGAUGUAGCGAGUGUGUGCAUAUGGGCUGUAGUGUGUGUGUAUAGGUGACUUAGUGUGUGUAGGGGUUGUAGAGAGGGUGUGUUUAGAGAAUGUUGUAUGUGUUUGCUGACAAGGAAUGUAGUGUGUGUGUAGGUGGUGCAGUGUGUGUGUAGGAGAUCUAGUGUGUAAAGGACCCAGAGUGUAUAGGAGAUUGUGUGUGUGUGUGUGUGUGUGUGUGUAUAGAGGAUUAAGAGUGCAUAUAAGGUAAGGGAUCUAGCGUGUAUCUGGAGCGUAAUGUAUGUAGUGCUGUAGUGUGUGUGUGUGUGUGUGUAUAUAUAUAUAUAUAUAUACAUACAUAUAUAUAUUUGGACGUAUUGUAUGUGUGAGGGGCGCAGUGUGUGUGUAUGUAAGAGGGGUGCUGUGUGAGGGUGUUUUUAUCUGCCGUCACAUUCUAAUUUUCUUUGUCUGUUAACUCACUGAGGGUUAUUUUAUAUAUUAUAUAUAUAUAUAUAUAUCUGUAAAUAUAUAUAUAUAUAUAUAUAUGUGUGUGUGUGUGUGUGAGCGAGGGUGCUGUGUGUGAGUGAGGGUGCUGUGUGCCUGAGUGCGCUGUGUGUGUCUGGGUGCGCUGUGUGUGUCUGGGGGUGCUGUGUGUGUCUGGGGGUGCUGUGUGUCUCUGGGGGUGCUGUGUGUGUCUGGGUGCUGUGUGUCUGGGGGUGCUGUGUGUCUGGGGGUGCUGUGUGUGUCUGGGGGUGAUGUGUGUGUCUGGGGGUGAUGUGUGUCUGGGGGUGAUGUGUGUGUCUGAGGGUGAUGUGUGUGUCUGGGGGUGCUGUGUGUUUCUGGGGGUGAUGUGUAUGUCUGGGGGUACUGUGUGUGUCUGUGGGUGCUGUGUGUUUCUGGGGGUGAUGUGUAUGUCUGGGGGUACUGUGUGUGUCUGUGGGUGAUGUGUGUGUGUGAGUGUGAUUUUUUAAUUUAAAUUAUUUUUUUAUUUUAUUAAUAAUAAUAAUUUUUAAAAAAGUUAUAUCCCCCCCCUCCCUUCUUACCUUUAGCCUGGGAGGGGGGGGGGCGUUUUGCCUGGGGGGGGGAGCCGUUCUGCCAUGGGAGAGCCAUGCUGCCUGAUCCCUGGUGGUCCUAGUGGUGAGCGUGAACUCUAGCCUGUAGGCUAGAGUUCACUCUCGCGAGAUCUGAGCGUUGCCGCGGUAACCGCGGCAACGCUCAGAAUCCCGCGAGAGGACCCUGCGGAGCUGCUGGAUAGAGCUCCGCCGGUCCUCUCCUCCCUCCCUCAAACCCCAGCAAGCGGCCGCCUGGAAGUGUCUCUGGGCCGGUAAAGGGAGAUCUUUGAUCUCCCCACUGGCCCAUGGAGGCACACAGCGGGGCCGGCGCUCGGGUAGCGCUGGCCCUGCACGGGCUGGCAGGGGAGAUCCUGUGAUCUCCCCUGCCGGCCUCGGCCCCACGGCCAUCGCGGCCCACCGGGCAUUUGCCCGGUAUGCCCGAUGGCCAGUCCGGGCCUGGCAGACAGGAAGAAAUGAAGAACAGAUUCUGACAGAGGGAGCGAAGAGGGAUUGAUUAAAGAAAGUUUGUCAUGACAGUGCCGCUUUAAUCUAUUUUUACAGAGGUGACCUCAUUGGUCUGGGGAGGGGAGAAAUCACCCCAAGUUGUGCUGCAAGUAUCUACUUUAUUUUUAUUUAAAGUAACACUAUAGUGUUAGGAAUACAAAUAUGUAGUCUGAACGCAUUAGUGUCCUGACACCUAUUUUGGCCCUCAACCCAUGUGUGAGGGUUUGAAAGGUGAGUAUUGCUUAUCUUUCAGCCCUCGAAGCACCUGUUUCCAUGAUUGUGCUCCCCCUCUUUUUUGCUGAGACCAUCAGUGUAGAUCAGUGGUUCCAGACCGGUCCUCACGGCCUCCCCUUUAUUGUUCCAUGAAUUAGAGUGUAUCUUUAAAGGAACACUAUAGUUACCAUAGCAACUUUAACUUGAUGAACCAGUUGUGUGUAUAGAUAAUUUCUCGGACGUCUCACUACUCAAUUCACUGCCAUUUAGGAGUUAAGUCACUUUUGUUUUCGUUUAUGCAGUCCUAGCCACACCUUCCCUGGCUGUGCAUGAACAAAAGAGUAGGAGAUAAGAAAAGAAAUUCAAAAUUAAACAGAAUUUGCAAUAAAGGAAGUGACAACAUUAGAUGACUCUUUACAGGAAGUGUUUAGGAAGUCUGUGUAAGUCAAAUGCAGGGAGAUGUGACUAGUGCUGUAUAAAGAAAGGGAUUCUGUAGUUUAAGGAAUACAAAGUUGUAUUUAUACAACACUUUUGUAAAACACUUUAAACACAUACCCGAUUCACCCCUCCGACAUCAUCAGAUGGAGGGGGCCGAGCACAUCAGGCCCUCCCCGUAGGAAAGCAUUAUUCAUUGCUCUGCUAUUGGGAUUCCUGUAAAACUGGAAGUCAGAGCAUGAGGACGUCCAGCGUCAGGUGACCAAAUGUUGCUUAACCAAACUGUCUGACAGCCACUAGAGCCAGUCUUGGUUCGCAAUGUAAUUAUUGCAGUUUCUCAAAAACUGCAAUGAUUUACAUUGCCAGUUUAAGGGGCACAGAGAUGCUGCAACCAGACUUUUCAAUGAGCUAUAGUGGUCUGGGUGCCAAUUUAUCUCCUUAAUGGCAGUGAACUGAGCAGUGAGACUGCAGUGGCAUGAUCUAUACAACAAAACUGCUUCAUUAAGCUAGUUUUGGUGACUAUAGUGUCUCUUUAAGUGAAGCUGAGUCAAGAUAGAUUUUCAUUUUAAUUCUUUUUGGUUGAUGUACUUUUUAUGUUGCUUACACAUUUUACAAUUUUACACAUUUUACAAUAAUAUGGUUUAUUCACCUUAUUAUUUGCCCUAUUAAUGCAGCAGAGAUAGUUAUUAAAAAGCAGCAUUCACCUGCUGCACAAAUUAGGUAGGGACCUUCUCCAGUUUAGGUAUCAUAUCUCAAGAAUUCACUGUAAACCUGGCUUGCGAGCAGUAUAUGUGUCAAUCAAUGAUGACAUGCAACCAUGUUACUGUAAUACGCAUGAUAUUAUAAUACAUAUUAUUCUCUGCAAUUUGUAUAUUUGGGAUUGAUGUAAAGAUCAGAAAAUACUUUUCUACUUAAAAAAAAAAAAAAAAUGUAUUUAAAGGAACACUCCAGGUACUAUAACAACUUCAUCCUAAUGAAGCGUGUUCCUUUAAGCAAAUAAACUAAAUAAUAAAAGUACAAAAAAACAAACAUAUAAAGGAUAUCAUAGACAUGACCGAUCAUAUUUCAUUUUAUCUGCUGUCCCUCUCCUGCAGCCCAUUGCUUCAGCCAGUAAGGCUUUGGAUAAAAGAUAAACAAGUUAUCGCACUGCGAUAUGAUCUGCUUCCCCAUGCAUGCCAUAUGUGCUUUAAUCUCUAUGUAGCGUGUAGAUAGUAUUCUUACGACCAAGUUGGGUUCUUCUGAAAUAAACUGAAGCAUCCUGAUUUCCUUGAGGGGGCUCCUAUCCCCAGACACGCUCUGCAAGAUGGAGGGGGCUUGUUUACCAGCUCUGCUUGGUUUAAGAUGGUCUCCGCAAUGCUGCUCUCAGGAAUGCAUGGAAUCUCUCACUCAUGAGGCCUUAACUGCUUCUAAAUUUACCAUCCUUGUUGAUGUGGUACCUCAAGUACUGAUUAAUGUAAGGUUCACUAUACAAUCACUAUCAUGCUAUUUUAAGUUUAACUUAUUGCAUGCAAAGAAAUGUUUAUUUUUGGUGGAAAAAUUAUCACUCAACUAGAGAUCAAGCUUUGUUAUUUUUGAGGGAUAGUCUCUCUUUGGGGCCCAAAUCACUCUAUCCUUCCCACUUUCCUGGCCCAGUGCUACCUUUUCCUGGAAUUAACAUACAGCGCGCUCUGCAGCAGUAAAACUCAGAGUAACAUGUCUUUUCUUUAGUGGCUGCACUAAGUGUAUAAUUCAGUUUGUGUAAACAAAGUAUAUGGUGUGUAUGUGUGUGUGUGUAUAUAUGUAUAUAUAUUUAAUUAUGUGUUAUCAGCUAAAAUUAAGGAGUAGGCAACAUUCAGAGCUCCAUAUAUUAUUAUUUAUAUAGCGCCAGCAAAUUCCAUAGCGCUGUACAAUAGGUGGACAGACAUGUAAUUGUAAGAGGACGCACAGGUAAGAGGGGCUGAGGGCCCUAUUCGAUGAGCUUACAUGCUAGAAUGAGUGGGGUAUAGUGACACGAAGGGUAGAAGUAGGGGUAACAAAGUAGGUUGCUAGAAAAGUAUUUACUGUGGACUUAGUAUGUUUUUUGUUUUUUUUAAGAGUUGCAGGAGAGGAGUCAUGGGGGGAUGAAAAAAAUCUGCUAACAGUUGAAUUUCAACCAAUCAUAACUCCCACUGCCCUAUCCAUUUUCUAUUUUUGAAGUUCACACUGUCCGCCUAUUUAAACCCACUCCUUUAAGAAUGGCUUCCCCACUUCCUCUCAUCUAGCACUCCUUCCCUAUACUUGGGGAUUUCAAUAUCCCAAUCAACAACCCUAACUGCACUGAUGCCUCUCGUCUGCCCUCUGUAACCUCCUCCUUUGGCCUUACGCAGUUGGUUCAAUUUAGCAACCCAUACAGCCGGAAACACUCUUGAUCUCGGCUUCACAAAUCGAACCGAAAUGACUAUUUCACACAUUUAACUCUUCUUCGCCCUAUUGUUCCUCCCCCACCUACUAACUUGACUGCCUCAGACUUUGCAACUCAAUUCACUGACAAGAUCUCUACAAUCAGGGUAGAGAUCUCUCAUCCUUCUUCUUCCCCUUACAACACUUCCCCUAACCUCACUCCCACUGCUGUUCUGUGCUACAGCGGAAGAGGUUUCUGCUCUGCUCCAGUCCUCCUGCCCCACCACUUGUUCUCUAGAUCCAAUUCCCUCGCAUCUCAUCCAUACUCUGUCUUCUUCUCUUUCUCUACCUCCACUAAAAUUCUCUCUCCUCUGGCAUAUUUCCAUCGCCCUUCAAACAUGCAACUAUAACGCCAUUUCUAAAGAAGCCCAACCUUGACCUUAACUCCCCAUCCAACUACCGUCCUAUCUUGAUACUGCCUUUUGCAUCCAAGAUCCUUGAAAGAGUUGUGUAUGCGAGAUUGACAAACUUCCUCAAGUCCAACUCUCUGUUAGACCCGCUUCAGUCUGAUUUCCGCGCUAAGCACUCUGUGGAAACGGCACUGAUCAAAGUAUCCAAUGAUCUACAAGCUGCAAAAUCUUGUGGUCACUACUCUAUCCUAAUUCUCCUUGACCUGUCUGCGGCUUUUGACACUGUUGAUCAUCAACAGCUUCUUCUCAUCCUCCGCAAUAUCGGUCUACAAGAUAUAUCUCUCUACUGGUGCUCCUCCUACCUCUCCCAGUGAUCUUUCAGUGUUUCUUUCACUGGUUCUGCUUCUUCUCCCCAACUCCUCUCUGUUGGUGUCCCCCAAGGUGCAGUCCUUGGUCCCCUACUGUUCUCCAUCUAUACUGCCCCCCCUUUGUAAACUCAUUAGCUCCUUUGGCUUCCAAUAUCAUUUAUACGCGGAUGACACGCAAAUCUAUCUGUCCUCUCCUGAUAUCUCCCCGUCCCUCCUGAUUAGUGUCUCUGACUGCCUCUCUGCUAUUUCUAACUGGAUGGCUGCCCACUUCCUUAAACUCAACUUGACCAAAACUGAAAUUCUGGUCUUUCCUCGCUCAAGUGUUGCUACUCCUGUGUCUGUCUCCCUCCAAGUCAGUGGUGCUACCAUCAGCUCCACCACGCAGGCUCGCUGCUUAGGUGGUCUCUUUCACUCCGACCUCUCCUUCACGCCUUAUGUUCAGUCUAUCGUCAAAUCCUGCUGCUGCCAUCUCAAAUACAUUGCGCACAUCCGACCCUACUUAACACCAGAUGCGAAGGUGCUGGUCCAUUCCACUGUCCUUUCUUGCCUUGACUACCGUAAUCCGCUUCUCAGUGGACUUACGUGCUCCCAACUUGCACCGUUACAGUCCAUAAUGAAUGCGACGGCGAGGAUCAUUUUCCUGUCAGUCCCUACCUACAUUGGCUUCCUGUAAGAUAUAGGGCUCAAUUUAAAAUUCUGGUUCUUGCUUUCAAAUCUCUAACUAAUGCUUCUCCCACCUAUCUGUCCUCCCUAAUACACAAGUAUAUCUCGUCUAGGCCCUUACGCUCUGCUGAAGACUUACGUCUAUCUUCUGUCCAUACUUCCACCUCUGACGUUUGUUUUCAAGACUUCUCGAGGGCUGCACCGUUCCUGUGGAACUCCCUUUGCUCCUCCGUUAGAUGCUCACCCAGUCUCCACUCCUUCAAAAAAUCAUUAAAAACCCACUUCUUCAUAAAAGCUUAUCAAUUAAACUGAUAAUAUUUUCCGACUGAUUCCUCUCUUACAACUGUCAUUAGUCUAAUACUAUCCUUACCUUUUGUGUCACUUUACCCCACUCCCUCUAGCAUGUUGUCAUACCUCCUCGUAGCCCACGCUGCUCCGGUCCUUCCCUCCGCUCUGCUCCUCCAAGCUCUGCUGGUUUCCGGCUGACAGCGCACACACGCGCCCGAGCAGGGACACGCGCAUGCACAUGUGGCUUGCCGCUGAGCUCUUAAAGCGAUUCUACCAUAAUUUCAUGAAUCCUGGUAACCCUUUUAGAAUCUCUCCUAUUUUCUUCCCUAGCCUAUCAGAUCUCUCUUAGCCCUAUUUAUACCUCCCUCCUACAUCACUUCCUUGCCCUGUCGUGGUCUAUUGUAGCCCGAGAGUGCGUUCUGUAUACUUGUGUGUUUCCUGGUAUCUGACUUCGGCUUGUUUCUGGUUAUCCGUAUUUUCUGGCUUCCUUGACCCAUGGCUUAGUUUCUCGUUUGUUCUUCCUUCUCCUGCCCUGACCUCGGCUCGUCUGAUUAUUCUGCUACUCUCCUUACUUUUCUUCACGUUAAGUCCGGCUACUUUAAGGACCGCUAAUACGUCUAGCUUGGGUUGCCCGUUAGUCCUAUAGUUAACGUGUUGGGGAACCUAACCUUGACACAUGUAAGCUCAUUGAGCAGGGCCCUUAACCCUUCUGUUCCUGUAUGUCCAACUCGUCUGGUUACAACUACAUGUUUGUUCAUCCACCCACUGUAAAGCACUGCGGAAUUUGUUGGCGCUAUAUAAAAAAUAGAUAAUAACAUUGAUACGCUUUACUGAAGAAGUGAGUUUUCAAUGAUUUUUUGAAGGAGUGGAAACUGAGUCAAAGUCUGAAUGCGUAUUGGAAGGGAGCUGCACAGAAAAGGUGCAGCCCUGGAGAAGUCUUGAAGGCGAGCAUCAGAGGUGGGAGUACGGGCAGAGGAUAGAUGUAGUUUUUCGGCAGUGUACUACAUCAAUGCUUUGCCAGCAUUAUUGCUGUAAGAGCAUUAUGGGAUAUGUAGUACACAACAUCUGUAGUGCUGAAGGUUACCUGCCACUGAGCUAGAUCCUGAAUUCUCCAGAAUGUUUUCAUUAAUGGCUUGCAACCACCAUAUCUCCAUUAACUCCCCAUAAGGAUUAUGUUUUCCAUGGCCAUUUGAAAUGUUGUUAGGUUUUAAAAAAAUAAAUAAAAAUAACAAGUAAAUAAAAGUAGAAGCAAGCAAUAAAAUUAACAAAACGUGCUAACUUAAAUGGCCAGUUAAUUAAAGAAUGGUUUUACAUAAAGGGCCACUUUAAAUGCUAUAAUCACAACAGUAAAUGCUCUUGUAGGGCACAAAAUGUGGUAGCGGAUGACCAGAAAUCAGGGCACUCCCUGGUUUUCCCACCAUGAUAAUACAAAUUAAAAUUUCUGCAUUAUCAAUACCAAUGCUGCCCAAUAUAUAUGGCUUUGUUCAGUGGCAUACAUACCGGGGUCCGGCCGCCCUGCGACCCGGUAUGUACCCAUUUUGGCCCAGGAUGUACCGGGGGGCCCAGGAGCCGGCCUCUUCAGCUCCCUCGCGCGCCACGUACUGAUACCGGAGCCGGAAUAUGACGUCAUAUUCCGGCUCCGGCAUCAGUACGCGGCGCGCGAGGGAGCUGAACAGGGAGCACUCAGGGAAGAGUGCUCCCUCGCGCGCCCGCCAGCCAGCAUUAGUUAAUGCUUUCCUAUGAACGUUCAGCGUAAAAUCACAGUGAGAAUCGCGGAAGCUCCUCUAGCGGCUGCCAAUCAGACAGCCACUAGAGGCUGUAUUAACCCUCAGUGAAACAUAGCAGUUUCUCUGAAACUGCUAUGUUUUCAGCUACAGGGUUAAAAUUAGAGGGACCUGGCACCCAGACCACUUCAUUGAGCUGAUAUGAUCUGGGUGUCUGUAGUGGUCCUUUAAGUGUAUGUAUAUCUACAUGCACUGGUGUACAUACCGCGGUCGCAGCCCUGCGACCAGGUUCCCCACCGCCAUGUGUUGCAGCCCCGGCCUGCGCAGAGUUUUCGCACCGGGGCCCCAUGGGUUGUGUGUACGCCACUGGCUUUGUUAAACCAACCCCAGCACUCACAGGCUAUCACUGUCCUGGUUGAGCAAUAUUGAUACUGACAGUGUGGAAGUCUAAAUUCUGCACUAUUAGGGUGACUAGAAAAGAGGUGGUCUGUAGGUGUGGUCGAGAGCAUUUUAUUUCCCUAUCCCAAACACGGCAUAAAACUGAGGGACAGCCUCUGCUGUCCAGCUUCGGUUAUUGAAUUAUGGUGCCAAUCCAUGCUUCCUUUAAGCAGUUUUUCUUGGCAGUAGUCAUUGAUAAAAAUGGUAUAAAAGGGUGUGACCACAAUACCAUGAAUUAAUGAAUAUUUUUAUUUCAGCUCAUGAGCCUAAAUUUUUUUUUUUUUAAAACACGGAAAGUGAUUUUGUGUGUGUUGGUUACCAAUACACUUCUACAAGUUGAUGUUACUUUCAAUCAUUCAGAAUGCUAACACAAAGUAUUCUUUCUAGGCCGGCAAUCCCCAGUAGAUUACUUCAACUCUGCCGAUUUGCAAGGUGUCCUGGAGAUUGCGUCCAAACACUAUGCACAGAUUAUCCAGCAACACGAAAUGACUGAUGAAUUCUUCUAUAGUUCAGGUGGAGAGAAGGUAAGUUCACAUUACUGUACAAUAACGUUGAUGGCAUUCUAAUUACUCUAAACUAAAAUACCAAUCCAUUCUAUAACACGGUACUUCGUUUCAAUAUGCAAAAUGAAAGGAAUAAAAUUGCUGCACCACAAGCAAAAUAAAUAAACUAAACCUCCACUUGUACAUGUUUAAAUUGCUUUAUUAUAAAUUACUGUCCAUUUCAUGGAUCGUACCUACGUCUCAUUCCCAGUUGUGUAAUCUUUAAAUAUGUGUUCAUGGUUUAACAAAAAAACAAAAAAAAACACUAACAAAAGAGUGCCAUUGAAUUUGGUAUUUAUAACAUGUAGAGACCAGGCAGUACAUGAAGACCAGCUGACAAGCUAAAUGUACCUUUAAGUUAAAUUCCACCAUUAUUAUUAUUAUGUGGACUUUGUUUUCUGUUUUGGGUUAUUUUUUUCGCAUUUCCUCAAUUUCUGAAUAUAUCUUCAAUGCUUUCAUUAAAUGUACCUUAUAUUUGCGGAGAGUCAUUUUCUAAAGCUGUGCUGGAGUUGACUACAUUCUCCAAGGUAGGAUUUUGGAAAAAGGGUCAUUCAUAGAGUGCCCUCUGCUGUCUGCUUGGUAACACUGCAAUGAUUUAGAUUUUUUUUUUAAUUUUUUGGUGUCAACCCUAAUUUAUUUGUCCACCUGGUAUAUAACAACUGCAACCUCAUAUAGGAAAAACAACCAUUAAAAACACAAACCUCUACAUUGAAUUGACUAUGCGCCCCAAGACAAAUUACAUCGUUUGGGGGACCAAAUCAUCAGCUUCAAAGAAAGGCCAGUUGGAACCUACGUUUCCAUUUUCUCAAGACGUAUAAUACCAAUACACACGGUGGCCACCAUAGUGAGUUCCAAAAUGGAAAAACUAUAGACAACUAUUGUAAAAAAAAAUGCCAGCAACCAUCCUUAGAGUUAGCCCUUGAUUAGCAGAGUUAAACACACAGUAUUUAUCUUUAAUGGAUGACAUUUAAAAGCUGCGUGCUGUGUCUGCUCUCUACAAUUGUAUUACGCCGGAAGCACAGUGUCUUGAGCAGUAAUAUGGCCGGUUGAAAUGUGCUUGAUGCAUGUUGUGUGUCUUUCUUAUGAUUAUUAGUUUUCAAAUGACUAACAUUUUACUACUGAUUUUAAUAAUGUAUUAUAAGAAUAUUUAUGUGUUUGUGUAUACAAUGCGGUUAGCAAUUUCCUACAACUGAACUCUCUGUUACCACUGCUACCCAUUUACAUAUACCAUUAAUAGUUCAAAAGGACUCGCAGAUAUCAAGUCAAGAUUUUAGUCAAAUAGCAGUUGUGUGUAGCUUGUAGGUGUUAUUGUUAGGGGUUUCUGGCCAGGCCCACAGGGGCUUUUCUGCCUGCACAUCCAUACUACGGUUGUCUAAUCCUUUUUGGAGGCCUCUCUUCUUCUCUGAAGAGACGUAAAUCAUUAUAAGAGCACCUGUGAGAAAUUAUAUAACAUCUACAAGUCACUAAAGGGUGGAAGGUUGGUAGAUGUGCAGCAAUUUUAUUAUUUUUUCUUGGUUAUAAAAAACAUUUAUACUAGCAAAAAUCAACCAUUUCUAUGUAUGAACUUAUCGGGCUAGUAAAAAUACAGUGAUUGUUAUUGCAGCAUUUCAACCAUGACCUUGGCUUUUAUUGUGAUUAGAAAUUAUUUUCUAGUCAAAUUAAACUGUCAGUUUUGUGUAGGAGCUGUUUGUACGUACAUGACCAGAUGAUUCAGCCCUCAAAAUCUGCUUUCACGUGGUCUGUAGCGGUGCGUGGUUGGACCAUCGACUAAGAUAUCUGUGUGAGAUUUGAGCUCCUCUACCGCCAACAAGAAUAAGCACUAGCCAACAGCAUAACAAGCAGUCACGUUUACAGCCUGACUAUGCUUGUAGAGCCUCAUAAUGAGGACACCUAUAAAUUCGAACAAACAGACCACUGAAUAUUUGGUUGCAGGUAUGUUUGUGGACUCGAGCCACGAGGCAGGUCCACAAGAUGGCCGCUACGCCAUCCCGUGCACUGUAGAGGAGAAUGCCAUAGCAUACACCUUAAGCUAGAAGUCAAGUAACACAUCCCAAAUCCUCACUAAACAUGCAAAGGUAAAGAGCUAUCUCACACAAGAGAUGGAGAGGAAACACCUAGAAGUGAAGAUGGAAAACAAACUGGAGCUAAGGAUGAAGCAGGUCAUUAAGGCCAACAAUGAUACUGUGGUUCACACAAACACUCUGUGAUGGUAGUCACCAUCACGGGGAGCCGAAGAUGGACACUUUAUGUAGGUCAUCAAAUUAUUCUUAUGUUUUAGUCACCCUGUACACAUUAUAGGUGCAGGGUAUGUGUAAUGUAAUCGUAAAUUGUUAAAUGUUUUGUGUUCUCUCCUAUCAUGCUGAUGCUGAUGUCCAACUUGGUGGAUUUGACUAUGGAGUCUGUACAGCGCUAUCUGCUGGUUGUAAGGAUCUUGAAACUGUUAUAUGCACUUCCUUAAUAACAAUGCUUGUUAAUUUGCAUAUUACAGGUAAAUUUGCAUACUAUGAAUUCUGCAGGCAUGGACAAUAUUUCUUGUUAAUUAUUGUCUUCCCCACUCCUUUUUAAAUAUCUUAAUAUGUUGUUAUGGCAUCCUGUAUGAUUUGGUUAUUUGUAUCAGAUUGAGUUUGUCACAGUAAGUUUAAUGUAAUGUGCAUAUGGGCUAGUCCUAAGUGAAAAAUAAAGCUGAGUGUUUUUAUUCCAUUUUGAACUGUGUCCUGAUUUGUUUUAUUUUGUAGCAUUCAUUCAAAAGAUUAAUUUGCCUAAACAUUUUAUUAAUAACCAUUAAAAAUCACACAUAUGAUAGGGAGUUUGCCUCCAGAGCUCUACCUAAACUUAAUGGUUUGUCUAUAUUGCUACAUAAGAGGUAACACAAACAUCCCCUCAGAUUUAGAGAGCCGUCAUGUAAUAGUCUCGGUAUGAUUUAUUCCAUGAUGGUCCACCUUUUCAAUAUUUAUGCAUCAAAUGCACCAAAUUCUGUAAUUAAUUAGCAGAAACUGUUCGAUCCUUGCUGCAAGGGAUUCUCUUGGUGGGAACGGAUUUCAACAAGGUCCCUUGUCCAGCAACUGAUAGGAGUUCUAGAUCAGGUCCUUUGUCCAGCAGCCUGUAGGAGUUCCAGAACAGGGAUAAUAAGCUAUCAAGACACAUUAUUACACUGCUUCCUUCAGCAUACAGGGAUAAUUGACACACAGAGAGUUCAAUACCCAGAUAAAGUAGGUUGUACUUUCUUCUCAGCACCACAUUCCACAUAAUCCUUAAUAAAUAUUUAUCUCACAAAAUGAUUAGGCACGAUGAAAGUGGACAGAACAGAGGUCAACUGUAUUACGUGGUCAGAAAAUCUUAAUUAAACAGAAUUUGCAAUAAAGAAAGCCUAAAUAGGGCUCUCUUUACAGGAAGUGUUUAUGGAAGGCUGUGCAAGUCACAUGCAGGGAGGUGUGACUAGGGUUCAUAAACAAAGGGAUUUAACUCCUAAAUGGCAGAUAAUUGAGCUGUGAGGCUGCAGGGGCAUGUUCUAUACACCAAAACUGCUUCAUUAAACUAAAGUUGGUCAGGUGACUAUAGUGUCCCUUUAAGACAAAGUAGGGACUAUUUAUCUUCUGAAGGUUUCCUACCCCAUGUCCAGCUAUGACCAGCAGAGGAGCAAAGUGUGCUUCGUUUCCAGUGGUCAGAGCAAUUUUCCCAUGAUCCUUAGCUUUCCUCCGUGUUCCCACAAUGCCUCCGGUCAGUAUUGCCCAACGUCUUCUCAUUUAGACAAAACCCCGGCAAAACUGCAGAAUUGCGUCACAAUAGAAUGAGAACAGUUCCUCCAUUCGUGUUAGAACACAAUUCGGGACUUUGUUCGGAUCGCAAUUUCAUUUGAAUGAAUAAAACUCCGAUCCUAUUCGUGCUGUGGCUGCAUCUUGCAGCCGCUUAGUAGAUAACUCCUUAAUUCCCACAGUAUUAGGGAGCUAUCUAGCAAAAGGCUGAAAGACCUAAAUUGGUCUUUCAGCCACAUUUACUAAUACUAAGUAAAGAUUACUUAGUAUUAGUAAAUUCUGCCCCUACUCGCUAUACUACGAUUAGGGGCAUGUCUAGUAAACAGUCCUAAACCCCUGCGCGGCGGGUGGGGGCCCUACAUAACAAUGAGGGGGAGACCUACUGUCCUCCCCCCCGGCCCCCACCCCUGCGCUGCAGGUGGUGGCCCUACAUAACAAUAGGGGGGGGGGACACAGAGCACUCUGACUGGAUGGAUUUCAAGCCCACCAAUCAGAGUGUUAUGAGUCAAAUUACACAGCAUGGGAAAGAACUUUCCCACGCUGUGUAAAAUGACAAAGAGUACUCUGAUUGGCUUAAACCAACCAAUCAGAGUGUUCUUAGCCUAACUGCAGGGCAGGGCAAGGCUCUGAUUUUUUAUUUCAUUUUAAGUUUGAUGGGUAUGAUGGUUUUUUAUUUGGCCUUUUUUGGGGCUGAAAAAUGAAGAUUUUAGAAGAAAGAAGACCUCAAAUGGUAAGUUUUAUUUUUAUUUACAGGUUUGUUAUUUUAUUCCCCCCUCACAAUUUGUAGGGUGAGGGGGGUAGGUAGGGGAUAGUUUUUAUUUGGGUGGGGCGGUGGGUGACUAGGAUGUUGAGGACCCCUAGUCACCUUUGAAGGGGGGGGAUUUGUCUUAGGGCCCCCACCCGCCGCCAAGGGUUGGGGCCCGGGGGGAAGGACAGUAGGUCCCCCCCCCUCAUUAUAUUAAUGGCCCCCACCAGCCGCCCAGGGGAGGGGACCAGAGGGGAGGACAGUAAGUCCCCCCCCCCUUAUCUUUAUGGACCACACCUACCGCACAGGGGUGGGGGCCAGGGGGAGGACAGUAGGUUCCCCCCUUCAUUAUCUUUAUGGCCCCAACGCACCGCCCAGGGGGGGAGGACAGUAGGUCCCCCCUCAUUGUUAUGUAGGGCCCCCACCCGCCACGUAAGGGUGGGGAGGGGUGGCAAUAGUUUUUUUUUUUUACAGUGAGCAGUUUACUAGACAUGCUCCUACUCGCCGUAUAGCGAGUAGGGGCAGAAUUUACUAAUACUAAGUAAUCUUUACUUAGUAUUAGUAAAUGUGGCUGAAAGACCAUUUUAGGUCUUUCAGCCUUUUAGUAGAUAGCUCCCUGAUACCGUGGGAAUUAGGGAGUUAUCUACUAAGCGGCUGCAAGAUGCAACCACAGCACGAAUAGGAUCGGAGUUUCAUUCAUUUGAAUGAAAUUGCGAUCUGAACAAAGUCCCGAAUUGCGUUCUAACACGAAUGGAGACACUGUUCUCAUUCUGUUAGGACGCAAUUUGGCAGUUUUGCCGGCGUUCUGUCUAAGUGACAGGACGUUCAGCAAUACUGACAGGAGGCAUCAUGGGAACAGGGAGGAAAGCUAAGGAUCAUGGGAAAAUUGCUCUGACCACCGGAAACGAAGCACACUUUGCUCCUCCGCUGAUCAUAGCGUAGGAAACCUCCAGAAGAGAAAUAGUCCCUACUUUCUCUUAAUUUUUAAAGAAAACUAGAGCAGACAGGAAGAAAUGAAGAACAGAUCCUGAGAGAGGGAGAGUAGAGCAAUCGAUUGGGGAAAGGUAAGUUCGGCAUGACCGUGCCACUUUAACGCCUCCAUACUGAAAGACCAAAAAAUGGUAGAAGUCCUGAAAGUCAUUAUAAGGGAAUAUUUUACCAGGAAUACUACUCCAGGGGUCUUGCUCUCCACUGUGUGUUGGCAGCCCACAAGGUGGUCAUAUGGGGUUACCUUAUAAAGAUAUCAAACCACUCAAAAGAAGACACAAUGAAACUUGUAUAUCACUUACAGGAGGCAUUACGCUCGGCAGAGCAGAGGCAGAAUACCAACCCCACAAAAGCAGGACAAGCAGAACUGAGAGAUUAGGCACGUCCUUAAAAAUGUGUUUCUUAGACUUCCGUGGAAAUCCCGAGGGCAGUUGGAUCAGGCCUGUAACGCUUAGAUCCCACAACUGUGACGAAAUUUAUUCCCCGCACGGGGCAGUUCCUGGAGCCUCCAAGAGGUACAACUUGAAGGGACACUACCUAUUGGGACCCCUCACAUGUCCCGCAAGAGACUGCCAAAACACCAUGACCACAGCUGUAUAAGCAGACACUCAUUUCAGUUCCACACCUUUACUUUUAUUUUUCUCUAAGUAAACCUACUCUUAGUCUCGCAGUUUGCUAUUUCAAAACCCCUAUGUUCGGGACUUACCUGUACUGUCCAAAUACGAGAUCAGCCCACAGCAACCUGAAAGGCUACGGAUUGAAGGGAAGACCCACGUACACAAACGGAGACUUCCAAACACCGCAGUAAAAACCUUAGACUUACAUGUUCGGACUCCUGCCAUCAAUACUAUGAGUGUGCCCUAUUCUCUCCCAACAUACCCCUUUCUGUUAACUUACUCUUAGGUUAAUCAUUAAGAAACCAUGUAGCUCGAAAGUGGUUACACUUCCACUCCUAUGGUACGCUGCCCACGGCUGUCCCACUGCAGUUUUUAACGUAAGGUGCACCCCUAACCUCUCCCUCCCUCCAGUUAUCUAUCAGUGUUCACAAUGUCUACCAUGGUAAAGCCGAGAGGGAGCAGCCCUACGGGAUAUUGUCUAGUGACAUAUUAAUAACUUGAGGACAUCACCUCUUACCCGAGGGGGCAAUAAUAGUUAGCCUUGUUUUUUUUGGGGGGGGGGGUUUCCCCUUACUUGUGUCUUCUUUUUCUUACACCCUGUUCCAAAUUAUAAUGCAAAUUAUAUUUUUCUCAUUUACCUAAAUAAUUGAUGUAAAUAACAGUCAGCAUAAUUCUCAUGUUAUCAACUAUUAAGAGUAUAAUUCAAAUUUUAUUGAACAAACCUCCUAAUGAACAGUAUUUUUUUUAAACAUAAAAAACAUACAAUGCACUGUUCCAAAUUAUUACACACAGUAAGUUUCAAAACACUUUAUAGAUUGUAAAGAACUGAAAAUUGUCAUUUGAUGUGUUUGCAGCAUAUUUACUGAAAUCAAAAGCUAUUUCAAUCAAACUUAUAACAACAUUUUAACUUUUUAAACAUUUUAACAGGUCACGUUACAUUUUAACAUAGGACCCCUAAUUUGAUAGCAGCUUCACAAAUCUUGCAUCCAUUGAACUUGUGAGUUUUUGGACAGUUUCCUGCUUGAAUUUGUUUGCAAGAUGUCAGAAUAGCCUCCCAGAGCUGCUGUUUGGAUGUAAACUGCCUCCCACCCUCAUAGAUCUUUUGCUUGAGGAUAGCAAAAAACGGAUCGCAAGAGUACUCUGAGAACGGACAGCAGCUAAAAUAGCCUGCCCUGCGGUGGGUCCCCGCUCAGAACUCAAGCUGGUUUUAGCUCAUCUUGUGCCAUUACAGAGAGAACAUAUCUGAAGCAUAUCAGACUGGUCCCACCCAUACGGGCAGUCCAGAUCCCAAAUGCCAGCAAGUUCUCUCUGCACGAGAGAUACAGCAACCCCAGACGAUCGUUUCAGCCUUGUAAGGCAUCAUCAGUGAGGCAUAGCUGAUAUCUCUCUAGGCACCGUGAGCAAGGGGUCCACGUCUGGAUUACCCUUUAAACUAAUGGAGAGCAAAAAACGGGUCGCAAGAGUAUUCUGAGAACGGACAGCAGCUAAAAUAGCCUGCCCUUUUGCUUGAGGAUGCUCCAAAGGUUCUAAAUAGGAUUGAGGUCAGGGGAGGAUGGAGGCCACACCAUGACUUUCUCUCCUUUUAUCCCCAUAGCAGCCAUUGAUACAGAUGUAUUCUUUGCAGCAUGUGAUGGUGCAUUGUCAUGCAUGAAGAUGAUUUUAUUACGGAAAGCAUAGUUCUUCCUUCUGUACCAGGGAAGAAAGUGGUCAGUCAGAAACUCCACAUACUUUGCAGAGGUCAUCUUUACACCUUCGGGGACCCUAAAGGGGCCGACCAGUUCUCUUCCCAUGAUUCCGGCCCAAAACAUGACUCCAUCACCGCCUUGCUGACGUCACAGCCUUUUUGGAACAGGAUGACCGUCCACCAACCAUCCACUACUCCAUACAUCUGGACCGUCCAGGGUUGCACGGCACUCAUCAGUGAACGGGCUGUUUGAAAAUUAGUCAUGUAUUUUUCUGCCUAAUGCAGCAGUUUCUGCUUGUGAGCAUUGGUUAGUGGUGGCCGAAUAGAAGGUUUAUGCACAGUUGCAAGACUCUGCAGGACUCUACACCUUGAUGUCAGUGGGACUCCAGAGGCACCAGCAGCUUCAAAUAUGUUUGCUGCUAUAUAAUGGUAUUUUAGCAGCUGCUCUCUUGAUCCAAUGCAUGGAUCUGGCAGAAAUCUUCCUCAAUGUGCCUUUAUCUGCACGAACCCGUCUGUGCUCGUAAUCAGCCACAAAUCUCUUAAUAGUGCGAUGAUCACACUUAAGUUUUCGUGAAAUCUCUAAUGUUUUCAUACCUCAUCCAAGGCAUUGAACUAUUUCACUCUUUUCGGCAGCAGAGAGAUCCUUUUUCUUCCCCAUAUUGCAUGAAAAUGGUGCUCUGCUUAAUAAUGUGGAACACCCUCGUUUAGUAGUUUUUCCUUAAAUUGGGCUCACCUGGCAAUCUAAUUGUCACAGGUGUCCGAGAUUGUUUUCAGUAAUCAAAAGAGCCCUGAGACACAAUGCCAUCCAUGAGUUAAACUGAAAAACAAAAUAUUUAAUCUUUGUGACACUUAAAUAGAAUUUGGAACAAAUUCUAUUUGGAAUAAUUUGGAACAGGUUAUAUAUAGAAACCCAUUCCACAUGCUCUCAUAUGAUGACGAUACAAUGCUGUAUAACAUAACGAUUGAAAUGUAACUAUAGGUGCCAAUGAUGUACCACAUGUGUAAUGUCUAAAAUAAAGAAUAAAAAAGGGGAAAAAAAGUGUUUCUUAAGGACUUUGUCCGUGCAAUGGUAUGGUCUAAAUGACUAUUUUACGAAAAGUCCAACAAAAUGUACACUUUAUUAGCUAGAGUUUGCGGCCAAGAGCAGGACACAAAUUGAUAGUGACCAUUAGAACUGCGGAGGUUUUUUUUCCACAUUACCAGAAGUUAUUAACAGUGCCUUUACUGCAUUUUAUUCAUCAUCAUGAAACCACUCCCCUAAGCACAGUUGACAGUACCACCUAUAUGGGGGACAUUCAUAGGUUCUUGGGUACUCUCAAAUGCCAAAAUUAAUAGGGUUAGCCAUAGAGGACCUGAGCCUACCUAUUAUUACAGAUGAAAUAAGCCUGCCCAUAUCGAGCCUUAAAGGCAACAGAGCCCCGGGUCGGGACGGGCUUCAUGGUAGUGGUAUCACCCCAUCUAGAUAUACAAUUUAACGUUUUUGUACAAGGCGGGCUCCAGCACCAGAGAUUACUUUGGCAAAUGUUGUCCUGUUACACAAAACUACUGAUCAAUAUCACUUAUUGACUAAAUAUUAGCCAAGAUACUGGCCAAUAGAUUAAAUUAUUUUUUAAGCUCCAUAAUUCACCCAAACCAGGUGGGUUUUAAACCAGAUUGUCAGUUAUAUAAAACACAAGAAGAAACUGAUUUGGAAACUAGUGGAUUCUUCAAUGCUUUCUCUGGUCUUGCCAUUGGACGUGAAGAAGUUAUACGACAGAGUCGAAUGGCCAUUCUCAUUCGAGUUACUAAGAUACCUGGAGUUCCUAGAGCCCUUCAUUGCUAGAACAAUGUACACAGCUCUAAGAGCGUUUAUCUCGGGAUCUUCUAAUCACCCUUUCACCCUGCGGAACGGCACCAGACAGGGGUGUCCUUUGUCACCCGUUUUAUUUGCCAUUUCUCUGGAGCCUCUGUUAAACUACAUAUGAGAACUCCUGGGAAUAGAGGGAGUGAACAUAGCUCUCGAGUCUUUUAAGGAAUCCACAUACACGGGUGACCUCCUCCUUACAUUAACAAACACAAGAUCAUCCAUGCAACAGUUGCCCUAUGUUGUGCAGACUUUCAGCAACAUAUCAGGGUUUAGAGUUAAUCUGGAUAAAGAAGUGACUAUGCAGCUGAACCUGUUGGCUGCAGAUACAUCGCAUGUAAAGGAUGUACAUGAGUUUCAAGUAGCCAAGGAACAAUUUAAAUAUCUUGGUAUCAACAUCACAGCAGACUACUUCUAUUUUCUCAGCAUUAUACAACGCUAAUACGCAACUUGAUUAGGGACUAAGACAAAUUAACAGAUAAAUCUAUUUCCUGAACAGACCACACACAUGUGGUUAAAAGGAGUAUGCUUUCAAUAAUACUAUUUCUUUCUUAAGUACUCCCAAUAUGGGUAACAAAAAACGAUUUAGCACACGGACCUGUUAGCAUAGGGAUUCCAUGCCUUGACAGGCGGAACGGUUUACCUUUCUCUGUAGCAAUUCUUUUGGUUUAAUACUUUCUGUUUCGUAGGUAAAUGUUUAUAACGCACCGAGCAUCCCAUAAGGACGAUUCAUCCCACCCACCUGCCUCCACUCAGUGGCCGUUAGAUCGAUACCACCUCUAUUUCAAAGUGAUGCGUAAUCACUUCUUAGUAAGCUACCUCCAGACCUACUCACUAGGAACAGUAGCUAUCUAAUUCGUAUCACAAGUCAUGCUACCACAUACUAGAUGUCUCUUUUACUCACGCAGGGCGAAAGCAGUCCCCUUCGCAUAAAGGAAAUUCGCACUGACAGACCCAACAUAUGUAUUCAUAUGCUCAGUACACCUGAAAACCUACCCCAAGCACCCGAGUCCCUACCCUCAGGGGACUAGUCUACGGUAGAUGUCGCAUCUAGUUUAUGACCCUAUCCCCUGAAUCCUCGCUACUAUUACCAUAACACUUAAAAUUGUGCAAUGUAUAUAAAGUGCCAUGAAAAUGUAUUGUAUAUUGGUUGAACUGCUUGUUGCAGCUAUCGUGGCCAGACAAGCAUAUUUGUGAGUCUUUGCACACCAAGAAUAAAGAAUUAAAAACAAACAAAAAAAAGAUUUAGUGCACCUGCCUUGAGCAUUAGAUACUUUUAUAUGGCAAAACUGAAAUCGUAGAUAGCUUAAGUUUUGCUUUAUAGGCCAAAACCAGUAGGAGGUUUAGGAUUAUCACAUCUAUACUUUAUCUAGCAGCACAACUAGCCAUCCAAUUACAUUUGAGAAAAUAUAUACUCUCUUUCCACUAGGGAUUGUUUUUUAUUUAUGCAAAUACAUGACUUUCCUAAGGUUAAAACAAUCGCUAAGAACUCCUUUACAGGGUUUGAAACACUUUGUUAAAUCGAAUUGCUGCAUGAAUGGCUUAUAACAACUAUACACAUUUGAGGUCCAAUUCCCAAAGAUGGCAAUGUGCUGACAGCUGCGGGGCUCGCAAGAGUUAGAGAGUGAGAGAGAGGAGCUGCUGUAACGUGAAGAUGCCGGUGUGUGCUGGGCCCCUUCUGCAAGGUACAGGGAGCUGGGGGCCUGCAGGUGCACAUAUAGCGAUUAUCGAUUAAUAUAUAUAUAUAUAUAUAUAUAUAUUUGUGGAGAAUAGAGAAUGUGGGGCCCAGGACUCCCUCAGCAGUCCGGGCCCCUCAGGAACGCUAGGCCCAAGAUAAUUGUCAUGCCCUGAUGGAAGCCUUGCAGGGAACUUGUGUGGCAGCCAAGGUCAUUGUGGCUAGGGCUGCAUAAAGAAAGUGACUUGACUGGUAAACAUCAUACCUGCCAAUCUUUCCUGCUCACAUUCUGGAAAUGAACAGAUGGCACAGAGGGACAGACUUCCCAUUGAAAGAGAGGGGUCUGCGAAAUAGGCAACUGACAGCAAAUUGAGCAUUGAGAGUGCAUUGAGAGCGCAGGGGAAUGAUCUUCAAAAGCACUUCAUUAAGCUAAAGUUGUUUUCCUAUCUAGUUAAUGGGCAAAAGGAUAUAUAUUUUUUUAACAUGUUUGACGGUGUGAGGGUUAAACAUGUGGCAGCUGGCCAGAUUUGCUAGCCAUCUGCCACUUUAAAAUGUAAGGAAAAAUAAAUAAUAAUCAUAUGGGAUCAAUGUGACCACCGCAUUAAUAUAAUAGAGAAUUUAAACCUCCCUCUGCACUCAUGAGAGGUGGGUUGGAGGAUACUAAUUUUAUACUCGGGGGAGACCUAGUCCUCACCCCUCCACACACACACCAUGACUAGUUUUCUAACGCACAUAGUCAUCUUCUCUCUGAAUAACAUAACCUACCUACCCUCUCACGUAAUAAUAAGUGUGACAGAUGGCCCAAUAAAUCUAUGAACGUGUGAAAAACUAUUUAUAAAAUCUUCCCUUCUUAAGCUUGCCCCACCCCCCCCUACAGACCAAUACUGACACACAUACACAUAAAAUACACAUACAAGCACACAGAGAGAGACACACAGGCACACAUACAGAUACAGACACACCGAAACAAACACAGACACACAUACAAAUACACAUACAAAUACACAGACAUACAGAUACACAUGUAUAAGUGUGUUUAUGCAUAGUGAAUGCAGUGUGUGCAUUUGUAUAGUGUAUGGAGUGUGUGUAUAGUGUAUGCAGUGUGUGCAGUGUGUGUAUAGUGUAUGCAGCUUGUGUGUGUUGUGUGGAAUAAGUGCUGGGAAGGUGAGCAGUGUAUGGUUUGCCCCUCCCUGACACUUACCUGGUCCUGGUGGUCUGGUGGCACAGCUUUAGAUGGGCAGUGAAGAGGGGCCCAGAACUCUGCACGCUCGUUUCCCAUCCAGCAGAAGCAGCAGGGUCCUCUGUUCUCGCUAUGCGAAAUGUCGCCCCUGUGAAAGUGCGCCCCGGGCACCCCCCUAGUGAGUGGCACCCCUGCCGCCCUCCCCUUAGUACGCCACAAAAUAGACCCAUCUUCGCUCUACACAGAAUAAUAAUAAGGAAAGGUUUUAUAAAGGCUUUCCUAUGCAUUGAAUUGAAUUAGAGCAUUCUGAUUGGUUGUCUUGUAUCUCCAUGGCAAGUCUCAAGUGAAGUGACUCUUGCCUGUUAGAGUGCUCUGUUAGAGGGAUGCAAUAGCUUUAAGAAUACAAAUCUGUAUUCCUAACGCUACAUAGUUAUUUAUUUUUAGACUCUCCACACAUUUAAAAAAAUUUAAUUAAAUUAUUUUACUCACCUUUUAUCCAGUACCAAGUCUCCCGUGGUAUUGCUGCCCAAUCUUCAUCGUAUGAUGUCAUGUAGGAAGCGUGUCUCCUAGAUGAUAGUCCAGUUCAAUGCUCCUUAUACAGGAGCACUGGGAAUCUUAAGCGCAUGCACAUUGCUUACUCUGAUCCGUCAUUGAUUCUAUCCUAGAAUUCUAUAAUGUAACCAUUGUGCAUGCAAUUAUUCUCUGUGAUAGACUGUGACAGUAGUUGUGGUAUGCCUUGGUAUGAGAACUGGGAAGCAACAGCUUCUUCUAUCCAGAUGGCUUGGAGGUGUGGGUUUAACCCCUUAAGGACACAUGUGACAUGUCUUGAUUCCCUUUUAUUCCAGAAGUUUGGUCUUUAAGGGGUUAAAGCCAUGUAAUUUUUAAUAUAACAUUUUUUGGGAGCCUUAGUAGUAAGGACGUACUGUAGGCACUAUAACAACUAGAUAAAGUUAUUAAAGUGUCUACAAUGUUCCUUUAAAAUAUGGGAUGGGGCCCUUCUAGCAACAGGGCAGCUGCCCAGUAGAUAGCUUUUGAUGUAGUAUGCAGAUGGAGGCAUAAGAAUGUAAUAGUAAGCUUAUAGUAAUAUGGGGGUCAUACUGACCCACAUCAGCUUUUGUAUUUAUUUUUAUUUAUUUUUUACAAUUAAAAAAGCAUGGUUAACCAUUGUGCCAUCUUGCCCUCAGCCAAUUAGUUUAUAUUUCCAAAAUCCAUGCCCGGAGGCUUCAAAGGGAGGUUGAAGACCUGCCACAAGCAUAGCUACUAAUUAUUAAAGGCCAAUUUCAUAUUGUAAGCCAGUAAAUCAGAACACUGUGGCACCAGUUGGAGUGGCUAAGGAGGAUGUGUUGCACUUAUAAUGGGGUCACUUACAUGCAAAUAGAACCUAUAAAAAUUUAUUUUAGUAAUAAAUGCAUGUAUAUUAAGGGUAAAUGAUAUUGAUGAACUGCACAUAUGAACAGCGGAACAUUUGUGUAUAAGCAAGGAAUAUUAUAUUUAAAGAGAGCAGGAAUAAGUGGAAUAAUACCAAAAUAUUUAGGUGACCAACUUAUAGCACUUUAUUAAACUGUUUAGCCAGUGAAAUAUGUCUUUAUAGCUUUUAUGGUCUAUGAGCUCUGUGAUACAUUCAUGCUUAUAAUAUUCUAAGCUUGUAAAUACAUUCAUGCUUAUAAUAUUCUAAGCUUGUAAAAAAGAGGCACAAGGUUAGAAAAAGAUGUAAGUGAAACUCUAGUAAAGAUAAAUAGUUUCAGAAUGGCAAAGUAGCCUUUUUCCACUGUGUUCCUAUAAUUAUAUUGUAUAGUGAAAUAAGUCUGAUCUCCAUCUCUAACAUAUGAUCGUUCUGUAUUUUUACAUAAUGAAUAGCCAUAGAAAAUGCUGCAAACAGGACUUCUUGUGACUGAGACCAAGUUUAUAAAGUAAAGGAACUUUUAGAUUUAUUUUCAUAUUCAUUUUUUGUGGAUACAUGCCAAUUCUUUUUCCUGAUAAAAUUAUAAAUAAAUGACUCUAAAAGGGGACUACUACUAUUUUUACUUGAUAUUUAUGUAGCACCAACAUAAACCUCAGCCUUGUAUAAUUGAUGGAAUACACACAAAUAACGAACACUUACUGAUAUAAAAGGAACAUAGGACCCAGCUUGUGAGCUUACACAGUCGUAGGUAUGAUGCCAGGAGAAACCGGGCAACAUCCAACUAGUGAGAAACAAAUUGAUUUUGAACGUUUUAACACUUACCAGGGUACCCUUGAGUCUCAGGUAGUUAUCAAACUGUUGGAAAUCAAUUUAAAUCUUACCAAUAACACAGCACCAAGGGCCUCUUCUUUGCACUAUAACCACAACAGUGCCCUGUUUUGGUUAUGGUAUAUAGAGUGCCCCUUUAAUUUGUAAGGUGAAAAAAACCUCUCCAUUUUGAGGAUAAAUUUGUCUUGCGGGAUUGCAAAUGCUUCUAUACUUUACUGAAUAUAAUUCUACAUAGUGUUUCAGCCACUGUAUUCAUAUAUUCAUGAACAUUCAUGAGUAACAAUUGUUGUUGUUUUUAACCCUGGCUCAACAAAUUCUGUUUAGUGACAUUUUUAUUAAAUAACAUGCUGACACAAUUACCUUUUUAAAUCUUUUAAAUGGUUUUUGUUGUGCACAAACUGUGAACAGCAGAUAUGACAAAAUCUAAUCAUUUAAUAUUUCUGUCUGUUUUCUCUACAAUGCAUUGUUCCAGAUAAAAAUAGAUGGAUCUAGUGUUCUUCAGAUACAGCUGCAUCGGGAGGAGGGCUGUGGGAAAAUGCUGAUUUUGGUAAACCCCAGGAGAAGAGAAUCAGGUACAGUAAAAUCAUUUAUGCAUUGCGUAGCUAGAUGUGUACAUGACAUUCAAUGAAAAAUUAACUUGGGGGCUGAGAAAUACAAGGUUAAAAGUCUAAUAUUUGAAACCCUGUGAUUUUUGUUAUUCAUUCUUUUAAUUUACUUACAAUAAAACAUUUAACUGCUGGAUCAUUAAGAUGGCUGAAAAAUUUGUAGUAAUCAAUAUUUUUCCUGUACCAACCCAAUCACUGCUCCACAAAUGAGUAUGAAAAUGCAUUAUAAUUAAAAUGUAUUUGUCUUCCAUUAACUGCAGUGAUGGCUUGGAUAAAUUCUACAAUUUAACCAUUGUACAUUGUGCUAGUGAAAUUACUUUUGAAUAUAUAAAGGGACACUUAAUACAUCCUGAGCACCUCUGUAGUUUACACAGCAAACAUCUCCACGUUUCCAAACAAUGCAGAGUAAGUUCUUGUGUGGAGUGCACAUACCAGGGGCAUCCUAUGGAACAUUAUGUGAAAGAUCUUACUGUGGAUUCUCGUGGGGUUAACUUCAAUUUCAUAGGGGAGGAGGCAUGAAUAAAGCUACUUGGAAAGCUAACAGAAACUGCAAUGUGACAUAAAUUAACUUGCAGUUUAGCAUCAUUCAUAUGUAUUCAUGAGAGAAACAAACAGCAAGUGGUGAACUGCAUGUUCUAAAUAGUUAUAUAGUGAUAUGAAAUCAGGGGACCUUAAGCAAAAAUAAUACUUGUACAGAAUGCUGUGGUGGUAUUGCUUCUCGAAGUGGCCAUUUAAAUAAUUGGCAGGGGUGUAAACAUCAUCUUGUGGUACCCCUUUACUUAACUGAAAUUUGCUUCGUAGUUAGUGCAAGGGGUAGCUCUGUGCUGCCCUGCAGUAUGUAAAAUACAAUAGUGUGUACUGAGUGACCACAUAGAAUGUAUUGGUAAAUACUGUACUCAGCAAUUUUGCAAGAUAACACGCAAACUCAAUGCUCAAUUGUCCAAUCCUCCACUCAUCAAGAUUGAUGACUUUUCUUUUUCCAUCAGAUUUUUUUUUUUUUUUUUUAUCAAGAAGUAUUGAAGAUACACAGCAUAUCAAAUGCAUGAAAAGCAUUGAACGCACUCAGCUCCAAUACUUUGCAUGCUGACACAGGACAUCAAAUAGAUUCAAUAAUUUAAUCAAUUUUAGGUUGAAGACCCAAAUGGCUCUCUCUCGGAAUUUGGUGCUUAGACUGUCCCUUUAGGUCAAGCAAUUUGACAAGUACAAUGUUUAAAUGGAACUGGUUGCCUACUAAGUGUUGUUAUUAUUACAUAUUAGCAGGACAGAUUCUUCAGAAUUUGCCAUUAGGGAUUGUUAAUUUGCUGACUAUUAAAGUAAAACUGUCCUACUUGUGUAUUAUAAAAAAAAAAAAUAAGAUUACAUUUAUUAUAGCCUUUGUGCAUAUCAUUCUGUAAUGCAAACAUAAGUAAACAUCUCUUUUCAUUUCAUCCCCUGGCUUAGCCUUGAUCUAGAAGGACCAUCUUAAGUCCUCUUUGGUCGGCAGUACAGCUUAUUGACCAAAAACUGUACAAUUCUAAUUUAGAGCUAGUGUGUGUUCAUUAAUUCUGAUAUCAUGCGUAAGUCCCCAGCAUCUAAGAAAUAAUGGGAUUCAGAUUUUCAAAUUGCCCAUCGAAGUGGUGCUUCUGAUCAAAGUGGAGUAAAGAUGUCUGCUCUUAUGGAGCAAGUGAAUGCAACGAGAUGCACUAACAAUAGUUAAUAAUUAUUUGUCAUUACAACAUAAUACAUAAAAAAGCUAUAUUAUAUGUAAUUUUCCAUCUUCAGCAAUUCUAAAUAUUAGGAUAGUUUCCUUUAUAUUAAAAAAAAUAUAGUAAUUUAUUUUUCUGAUGCCUACUUGACUUUCUUUAUGACUAAAGAACUGCCCACUAACAGGUUGAAUUGUUUUGUUUCUGACAGGUUAGAAUUAGGCAGAUCGAGAGUCCAUGCAGUCUUUUAUCAGGAAUAUCUGAGAUUCCUCAACUUUCACUUAUUAAAGAGGCUCUGUCACCUGAAUUUUUUUAUUUUAUUUAUAAAUCUGAUUGUAACAUAAUUCCCAACUAAUAUAAUAUAUAUAAAAGGGUUACUCCAGCCUGCUGUAGUGUUUAUGAUGUUAGGAGUACCCUUACACCACACCCUGGUAAUGGGGCAAAAGGUCUUGAAACUGUUUGCCCUUUUACCUAUGUCCCGAUGGGCACAGGGCCUCCUCUCCUGCUGGCUUAUGACACCCUGCUUGUGCAAAGCUGCAGAAACCAGAUGGAGAUAAUGCCAACCAGCUAUUGGUACAUGAAGCUGCCUAUUCUAUUUGGCACACUGAGAGGUUGCAUGUAAAGGGAAGGGGAGAGGCAGUCAGAACUGCAAGACAUGCUCACUCCGCUUGUAGAAGGGAUUUUUUUUCUUCAGCUGUUAAGUUAUAUAAUUGUAUUUGACAAAGGCAAUUACUACUGGGAAGCUGCUCUAUGAGUUACUUAGACAUAAACAUACUGACAUACUGACAGGAUUGCCCCAUCAUACAGAAUCCCCAAAUAAUUAAUACAACAAUAGAUAAAAACUAAGGGGUCCUUGUGCAUCAUAUGCUGCUGGUUUAAUGACUAUAAAAAAUAAUUUUUCUUUCUCCUAUCACGAUGAACAAGAUCCAUCCUAUGUGUCCAUAUGGCGCUAGGACACACAUCUCUCUGUGUGUGGUCAGCAGCUUGUGAGAUUACUGCAGAACUGUGAAUCAGCUGUAAAUAGGCUAAUCAUAGCCAUGGUAUGGCUGCUAUCACCGUAUUCAGCAGUUCCAUUCAUCCUACAUGAAUUGUAGAGCUGUGACUGAGGGCUAAACUAUUUAAAGGGACCUAUAGGCUCUUAGACUAUAGGCUCAUUGAAGUAAUCUGGGAGCACUGGCCCUGUCCCCUUAACCCUGCUAGUGAAAACGUUGCAGGGAUAAGACAACCUCUAGUGGAUGUCUGCCAGACAGCUACUAGAGUUUCUUUCUGGAUUCCUACAGAGUUUAACACACUGUAAUGACAUUGGACUUUAUCACUCUUUGAAUGAGGACAUCCAGCUUCUUCUAAAUCCCCAUCGGAAAGCAAUGAUUCAAUACUUUCCUAUGGAAAACUCUAGUGCAAGCAUGUCAAACAUGCGGCCCAUAGGCCACCCACAAUGAUUAUCUUUGCGGCCCAUGGCAGUACCAGCCUACCAAGAUACCGGUAGGCCACCUGCCCUGAGGCCACUUGUGCUGUGGUCCUCCCGUGGGCUGCAGCUGAUUGCGUGCUUCUGCAACUGACCAGGGGCCACAAGAGCACAUACACAUUCUUCCACGCUGGCCGCCAGAUAUGCGCAUACAGCGUAUGGAGUCAUGUCUGGCGGCUGCGCAGCAGGCCUACAGUGUUCAGAGUGGCUGGCUGCGUGUAGAGCAGGCCAGCCACUUCUCUUCACUGCUGCUCGCAGUGCCAGAGGAGCAUGUGGCCAGCUUGAGCAGAUACGAUCAUGCAGAGCUGGACUGGAAGAUGGCUUAAGGUAGGGAAAGAGGGACUUGGGGGACCCGUCCUGUAGUGUGGUGUAUUAAAUGAGGGGGGGUGUUGAGAGGGGGAGUGUAUUAGAGUGGUGGGAGGGCAAUGUAUUAAAUUGGAAGGAGGUAGGUGGGGCAAUGUAUUAAAUUGGGGGGAAGCAGGGCGAAAGUGUAUUAGAGUGGUGGAAGAGGGGCAGUGUAUUAAAUUGGGGGAGGAAGGGCAAUGUAUUACAUUGGAGGGGAGGGAGAGGGCAGUGUAUUAGAGUGGUGGGAGGUAGCAGUGUAUUAGAGUGGUGGGGGCAGUGUAUUAGAGUAAAGUGGGGGGCUGUGCCCCUGGAGGCUAAUAGGUUUUUUACCCUUUCAUGCUCGCCCAGAGGUAUAAGGGUGAAAAUAGCCCACUCUAACACUCACACACUAACACUCAUACACUAACGCACAUGGUUUUUUAAAAAAAUGUAAUCCCCCAGCCUCCUUACCUUUUGGAGUGAUGAGGGGAUUCCCUGGGGUCCAGUGGUGCUGCUGGGCUCCUGGGUGCCUGGCAGGCUGGCGGGCGCGUGAGGGAGCACUCUCCCCUGAGUGCUUCCUCUUCAGCUCCCUCGCGCGCCGCGUACUGAUGCUGGAGCCGGAAGAUGACUCCAUCUGCCGGCUUCGGUAUCAAUGCAGUGCGCGAUGGAGCUGAAGAGUGAUACCAGGGCUGGUCUCGGGGGGCCCUGAGGUGGCCAGCUCUUGGGCCUCCCAGUAGAAGAGGCUGGCCACAGUGGGUACAUACCGGGUCGCAGGGGCAGCUGGGCCCCCUGAUGGGCCGGACCCGGUCGCAUCCGCGACCCCGGUAUGUACGCCACUGGUCUACACAUACCUAGUGGCAUAUGCCUAUUGAAAUUUUCUUCAGUUAUACAGUUCAGCAGUUUUAUAUAGCUAUGCUUACAAUCCUCUUGUAUAAUACAGAGCUGUUUGCCAUGCUAACACCUAUUAAGCGAAGUCUUUAUCGUUUUACUUGUUUCAUGCCUGCAUCUACUUCUACUCCUGUGACUUCUAUAUAGACAACUACGACUAACCUGUUUAUUAUUAUACUUAAAAAACUGUGCCACUUUCUCAUGCCAUGUAUAUGUUCUACAUUGAUAUUAUUGCUUGCUGUCGUGGCAUCGUAAGAUCUUGUGUUACUUUGUGCACAGAAAAAAUAAUGAAUUUAAAAAUAAAUAUAUAUAUAUAUUUAUAAAUAAAAGAAAAGUUAAAUAAACACUAUAGUGUUAGUGUUUGCACAAAAAAAAGUCAGUUUACUCACCUUAUAGCAUAUUCAAUACAAAAUGGCAUAUUUAUAAAUUGCCUUUGUUACACCUCCACUUCCCCCCACCCCGACUGUCAGUCAGAUAACCUGGUUGUUAACCUCAAUGGAACUAAACUCAAGAUGUAGGCAAAUGCCUAGAGCACUUGCCUCAAAAAGACUUAAUUGAGCUGCAUUGGGAGGUCUAUGAUUGGACAGCCACAGAAAGUCUUGGUAGGGAGGAAUAGGAGGGCUUGGAAAAGCUGCAGACAGGAGAAAUGCAGCUUUUGUAAGCUGUUUCCAGCUAUAUUCAUUUGGAUAAAUCUAUUAAUAUUGAUUAUUAUUUUUUUACUUUUUUGUAUUUACGCAGUGGAGUGGUCCUUUAACCCUGCAGUCAUAACAUUUAUGUUAUCUGCUAAACAACAAUGUUUUAGAUUUGCAGGGUUAAAACUAAAGGGCCUCUGCACCCAAAUCACUUCAUUAAGGUGAAGUGGCCAGGGUGCCUCUAGUGGGCAUGUAACUUAAUCCUCCAAGUUUUAUUCAAUUGUGUAUUUUCCAGAAUAAUUACUUUUCUCCUUUAUAGUAUUGUCUGAUUCAUCAGUCUGAAAUAAAAAAAAAAUAUUCUGGUAACAGAGUCACUUAAUUCCCAGAUUUUACUAUUUACAUGACGUAAAGUCAUGAUUUUAUUAAUGACACGGAGGCAAGUAUUAUGCUAUCUCUUUCUUACUUUAUUCCUCAGCAGCAAAGAGAAAAUAUAACUGAAAGAGAAAAAAUUUAUAAUAUGAAUAAUAUAUAACAGAUACAACCAGAUCUGCCUAGUAAAAGGGCAGCCAAUCAGCUUAUAGGAACAGUCCAUAAAUGUCUUGCUGUGUACUUCCACUUCCUCUUCUUUGCCUUCUGAACUGAAGACCCAACAACCGAAGAAACAUCCACAUCAGGAACAAAACAAUCGUCAACAAGAUAAAUAUCAUCACAACGAAAUCAGGCUGUAAAAACAGAGAAAUAGGUGGUAAAAUCCAAACUCCGGAUCUGUAUGUAACAUAUCAUAACAAUUCGGCAUGUAUAACAAUAUAUAGAAAAUAUCGAUUAUACCAUAUAUACUAUUAAAAAGACCAUACCGUUUCUCUGAAACUGCUAUGUUUAUUAAAAAAUGGGUUAACCCUAGCGGGACCUGGCACCCAGACCACUUCAUUAAGCUGAAGUGGUCUGGGUGCCUAGAGUGAUCCUUUAACAAAGGACUCACCGAAGAGCAUGCCUUUAGCGGCAGCACCCGGUUCCUUCACCGCUAGGUUUACCAAUUUUGGCUCAAUCUUGAGCAAGAUCGCCUUGCGGCGUUCAGCCAACAUAGCUGUGUUAGCGUUGCCGAGAAGGCAAAUCAGUCUUUGGACCCAUCCGAUCGUUUCAUCGAAAUUAAAGGGGGGUGUCCCCUGCCUUAGCCGCCUCCAUGAGCUCAUAAAGCUUGGCAGCGGGACCCAAGGUGUCCAAAAUUUUGUCCUGGCAAUUGUGGAGUGAGAACUCCAGUCCCUUUCUGGGUUUCCAGCCCGUUUUUGCCAGGAACUGCGUAAUUUGGGGUCGACCUCUGGCGUCUUGCACGCCGCAUCAGGCACUGAGGGCCUUGGGCAUUCAGCCCGUAAUUUGCUGCGCCCCUCCUUGGACAGAGGAGUGUGCAUACGUAGAGCUAGGUAGCUAGCUAUGUGCUCGGACGGAUCGCAUUCCGCCGAGCGAGGAUGGCGAAGGUCAUCAGGAUCGACCAGAGGGUAACCCUGCGGAUCACAUAUGCCUUGCCCCCCACCCGGAGGUAGCGCCAAAGCGUCAGACCCCGCCUCAGCGUCGGAGCCUCCUUCCUCAUAAGAGGCGUAAUCAGGGGCGUCCAAGUCAGUCUCCCCACUCAGAUCGGAAUCUGAUCCUUCGUUAACAUAGGCACACGCCCUUUUCCACUUUCGGGCCGAUUUUGCCUGGCCAGCAGCUCUCUUGCGCAGUAACAUGCCAUCUUGGACUGCCAUAGGCACGUCAGUCAGGGCAGGUAACACCUGUGUCACAUUGGAAGAGACAUGUUUCGUUUUAGCAUGCGCCUUGCGACUCGCCUGAGGCUGUAGCGCAGGCUGGGGGUUGGGCAUCAUAAAAGGGGCCAGGUGUUGAGUCAACGCCUGCUGAAUAGUAUGAGACUGUAGUGUGGUGUAUUAAAUGAGGGGGGGUGUUGAGAGGGGGAGUGUAUUAGAGUGGUGGGAGGGCAAUGUAUUAAAUUGGAAGGAGGUAGGUGGGGCAAUGUAUUAAAUUGGGGGGAAGCAGGGCGAAAGUGUAUUAGAGUGGUGGAAGAGGGGCAGUGUAUUAAAUUGGGGGAGGAAGGGCAAUGUAUUACAUUGGAGGGGAGGGAGAGGGCAGUGUAUUAGAGUGGUGGGAGGUAGCAGUGUAUUAGAGUGGUGGGGGCAGUGUAUUAGAGUAAAGUGGGGGGCUGUGCCCCUGGAGGCUAAUAGGUUUUUUACCCUUUCAUGCUCGCCCAGAGGUAUAAGGGUGAAAAUAGCCCACUCUAACACUCACACACUAACACUCAUACACUAACGCACAUGGUUUUUAAAAAAAAUGUAAUCCCCCAGCCUCCUUACCUUUUGGAGUGAUGAGGGGAUUCCCUGGGGUCCAGUGGUGCUGCUGGGCUCCUGGGUGCCUGGCAGGCUGGCGGGCGCGUGAGGGAGCACUCUCCCCUGAGUGCUUCCUCUUCAGCUCCCUCGCGCGCCGCGUACUGAUGCUGGAGCCGGAAGAUGACUCCAUCUGCCGGCUUCGGUAUCAAUGCAGUGCGCGAUGGAGCUGAAGAGUGAUACCAGGGCUGGUCUCGGGGGGCCCUGAGGUGGCCAGCUCUUGGGCCUCCCAGUAGAAGAGGCUGGCCACAGUGGGUACAUACCGGGUCGCAGGGGCAGCUGGGCCCCCUGAUGGGCCGGACCCGGUCGCAUCCGCGACCCCGGUAUGUACGCCACUGGUCUACACAUACCUAGUGGCAUAUGCCUAUUGAAAUUUUCUUCAGUUAUACAGUUCAGCAGUUUUAUAUAGCUAUGCUUACAAUCCUCUUGUAUAAUACAGAGCUGUUUGCCAUGCUAACACCUAUUAAGCGAAGUCUUUAUCGUUUUACUUGUUUCAUGCCUGCAUCUACUUCUACUCCUGUGACUUCUAUAUAGACAACUACGACUAACCUGUUUAUUAUUAUACUUAAAAAACUGUGCCACUUUCUCAUGCCAUGUAUAUGUUCUACAUUGAUAUUAUUGCUUGCUGUCGUGGCAUCGUAAGAUCUUGUGUUACUUUGUGCACAGAAAAAAUAAUGAAUUUAAAAAUAAAUAUAUAUAUAUAUUUAUAAAUAAAAGAAAAGUUAAAUAAACACUAUAGUGUUAGUGUUUGCACAAAAAAAAGUCAGUUUACUCACCUUAUAGCAUAUUCAAUACAAAAUGGCAUAUUUAUAAAUUGCCUUUGUUACACCUCCACUUCCCCCCACCCCGACUGUCAGUCAGAUAACCUGGUUGUUAACCUCAAUGGAACUAAACUCAAGAUGUAGGCAAAUGCCUAGAGCACUUGCCUCAAAAAGACUUAAUUGAGCUGCAUUGGGAGGUCUAUGAUUGGACAGCCACAGAAAGUCUUGGUAGGGAGGAAUAGGAGGGCUUGGAAAAGCUGCAGACAGGAGAAAUGCAGCUUUUGUAAGCUGUUUCCAGCUAUAUUCAUUUGGAUAAAUCUAUUAAUAUUGAUUAUUAUUUUUUUACUUUUUUGUAUUUACGCAGUGGAGUGGUCCUUUAACCCUGCAGUCAUAACAUUUAUGUUAUCUGCUAAACAACAAUGUUUUAGAUUUGCAGGGUUAAAACUAAAGGGCCUCUGCACCCAAAUCACUUCAUUAAGGUGAAGUGGCCAGGGUGCCUCUAGUGGGCAUGUAACUUAAUCCUCCAAGUUUUAUUCAAUUGUGUAUUUUCCAGAAUAAUUACUUUUCUCCUUUAUAGUAUUGUCUGAUUCAUCAGUCUGAAAUAAAAAAAAAAUAUUCUGGUAACAGAGUCACUUAAUCCCCAGAUUUUACUAUUUACAUGACGUAAAGUCAUGAUUUUAUUAAUGACACGGAGGCAAGUAUUAUGCUAUCUCUUUCUUACUUUAUUCCUCAGCAGCAAAGAGAAAAUAUAACUGAAAGAGAAAAAAUUUAUAAUAUGAAUAAUAUAUAACAGAUACAACCAGAUCUGCCUAGUAAAAGGGCAGCCAAUCAGCUUAUAGGAACAGUCCAUAAAUGUCUUGCUGUGUACUUCCACUUCCUCUUCUUUGCCUUCUGAACUGAAGACCCAACAACCGAAGAAACAUCCACAUCAGGAACAAAACAAUCGUCAACAAGAUAAAUAUCAUCACAACGAAAUCAGGCUGUAAAAACAGAGAAAUAGGUGGUAAAAUCCAAACUCCGGAUCUGUAUGUAACAUAUCAUAACAAUUCGGCAUGUAUAACAAUAUAUAGAAAAUAUCGAUUAUACCAUAUAUACUAUUAAAAAGACCAUACCGUUUCUCUGAAACUGCUAUGUUUAUUAAAAAAUGGGUUAACCCUAGCGGGACCUGGCACCCAGACCACUUCAUUAAGCUGAAGUGGUCUGGGUGCCUAGAGUGAUCCUUUAACAAAGGACUCACCGAAGAGCAUGCCUUUAGCGGCAGCACCCGGUUCCUUCACCGCUAGGUUUACCAAUUUUGGCUCAAUCUUGAGCAAGAUCGCCUUGCGGCGUUCAGCCAACAUAGCUGUGUUAGCGUUGCCGAGAAGGCAAAUCAGUCUUUGGACCCAUCCGAUCGUUUCAUCGAAAUUAAAGGGGGGUGUCCCCUGCCUUAGCCGCCUCCAUGAGCUCAUAAAGCUUGGCAGCGGGACCCAAGGUGUCCAAAAUUUUGUCCUGGCAAUUGUGGAGUGAGAACUCCAGUCCCUUUCUGGGUUUCCAGCCCGUUUUUGCCAGGAACUGCGUAAUUUGGGGUCGACCUCUGGCGUCUUGCACGCCGCAUCAGGCACUGAGGGCCUUGGGCAUUCAGCCCGUAAUUUGCUGCGCCCCUCCUUGGACAGAGGAGUGUGCAUACGUAGAGCUAGGUAGCUAGCUAUGUGCUCGGACGGAUCGCAUUCCGCCAAGCGAGGAUGGCGAAGGUCAUCAGGAUCGACCAGAGGGUAACCCUGCGGAUCACAUAUGCCUUGCCCCCCACCCGGAGGUAGCGCCAAAGCGUCAGACCCCGCCUCAGCGUCGGAGCCUCCUUCCUCAUAAGAGGCGUAAUCAGGGGCGUCCAAGUCAGUCUCCCCACUCAGAUCGGAAUCUGAUCCUUCGUUAACAUAGGCACACGCCCUUUUCCACUUUCGGGCCGAUUUUGCCUGGCCAGCAGCUCUCUUGCGCAGUAACAUGCCAUCUUGGACUGCCAUAGGCACGUCAGUCAGGGCAGGUAACACCUGUGUCACAUUGGAAGAGACAUGUUUCGUUUUAGCAUGCGCCUUGCGACUCGCCUGAGGCUGUAGCGCAGGCUGGGGGUUGGGCAUCAUAAAAGGGGCCAGGUGUUGAGUCAACGCCUGCUGAAUAGUAUGAGACAGGGACGAAGAUGGGGGGAUCCAUAAUGGGGUAAUUGGGGCUGUCAGAGCCCUUACCUCUAGCCUGCAUAAUAGGUGCAGGGAGGAGAAACCCAAGUAUAAGCAACAAAAUAUAUUCUAUAAAUAUACCCACAGGGGAAGAUGCAGGGGCAAAUAUAAAGGAUCCCAACAGAAAAAAUUUGAGAAGAAAAAAAGGGGCUUAAUAACACUAUAACCAAAGAGGAGUUGAUUAACCCACUGACAAAAUGACUAAAACGGAAAGGGAGAGAUAAAGGGAGCCGUCUAGUAGUCCCAGCCACGUGAGUGCUGGCAGUGCGGAAAAUGGCCGCCGCAUGCAGAGCUCGCCACGGGCUACCCAGAGCUCCUCCCCCACCAGUGGCCGGGGAGCGCGUGGAAUACACGUGGCCGGGAACUCCCUCGCACCAGUGGGUGCGAGGAGAGACUGAUCGGGUCGGCAGAGGGGAGGGAGGGAUGACCAGGGAGCAAUGAAGCUCCAGGAGGAAUCCUCCCCUGGUAGCCGCGGAUCCCGGCCUGUGCUAUCAAAUGUACAGCACAGGCAGGGAAACCGUGCACAGGGCAAGAAAAAAACCACAAAAUACAAUGAAAUUAAAUUCAAACAAACACAAAACCAUAAGUAUAGACUGAAUACAAAACCAAUAAAUGUAAACAGGGUAAACAACCCUGACAGCAAUAAUACAGAUGAAAUAUACAGGAGGUAAAAAUUAUACUUAGCUGGUCUGAGGACAGCCGCAAAGAAAGAGGAAGUGGAAGUACACAGCAAGACAUUUAUGGACUGUUCCUAUAAGCUGAUUGGCUGCCCUGUUACUAGGCAGAUCUGGUUGUAUCUGUUAUAUAUUAUUCAUAUUAUACAUUUUUUUCUCUUUCAGUUAUAUUUUCUCUUUGCUGCUGAGGAAUAAAGUAAAAAAGAGAGAGGAGCCUCUGUGUCAUUAAUAAAAUUGAAAAUUGCAAACAAAAAUGAAUCCUCAGUCUUUCAUGAAUGUGUGUUUUUAUGAAGUCUGAUUUGUUAGCCUUGAACAAUGUGUCUGCAUGCAGUGUAUCCUUGCACUUCAAUUUAGAUAUGCCUGUCAUCCUAGGUGGCAUUGUAAGUGAGCAUAUCUGUAUGUCAAUAGUUUAAACAGAAUAUGUGAGCUGGACAUGUGGUUAGCCAAACAUGACAUUGUCUGAGUUUUAAAGUGCACACAUGUCAUAUUUUCAUUGAUGUUGCAAUUCAAUGUUUCCGUUUAUAUUACAAUUACUAAACAAAAUGAUUUGUUCUUUUUAAUCACCUGACUUUUCUCUCCUUGCUUGAAAACCUCAAUAUCUGUUUAAUAUAUUAAGAAGCUACUUCUCAAUGCAUUUAAAUAGUGGAAUUAUUUUUCCUUUUAUAAAUCGGUGGAGGGUAUUCUGAAUCUAUCUUGAACUACUUCUUCAACAAUUUGCCCCCUUACCUUCUAAUUUGUUUCAGUUCCCUUUUUAAAUUAAAACCUUAAUUUUUUUAUUUUAUUUUUUUAUUUAUAUAUAUAUAUAUAUGCCCUGUGUCUGCAGUGUAUUUAUACACUGUCUGUCUUCUCAGUUUUGGCAAUAUAUUUAAACGGACGCUGGUGGCCUGUAGACGAGAUCUUACGAUCGUCUGUUCCCGGCCGAGAAGGUCUGAUACAGGUGAUCCUUGUGUGUCCUGGUGCUGGUUUGUAACUUUGUUACCUGCCUCUCAUAUUGUUUAGUGUCAGAUUAUACACAUUGGUAAUAAAACUAAAACAUUCAUCAGCAUUUUCUGAAACUCAAAAAAUCCCACUAUGGUGCCUAACUUCUGUAGAUGUUUUGAACACAAAUUUGAAGUGAUGUAAAGUGAAAGUAGUAUUUUGUUUAAAUCAUAUAACAUGAGUGUUAUUUAAGCAUGCUCUUUAGGUGUUUAUUUGGUUGAGGCACAUUUCAUUUGUGUGACUCAAAUAUUCCAUAUCAUGGAUCCGGAGCGCCUGUCUAACCCUUGGGCCGUAGGUAGCUGCAUAGGAUCACUUUUAGUUUAAUCCUACUCUGAUUUCUUCCAUGAUGUUCCUAUUUUGUAUGAGGUUAAAAUGUUUACUCUGUGCGUAAAUGUUUGUAAAUAAUACUGUUACUCCUUGAACUAUAUAUAAAUUACUAAUUCAGUAUAUUGUCAUUGAGUCACCUCUGAAUUAUCAGAAAAUCCCUUGUCUCAACAAAUAUAAGUAUCCUGCAAGACACUUAAAAUAUUGGUAGGCAUAGGGGUUGAACAUUUUUAAUGAUGAGGCAAAAUAAUUCUUAUUGAGUUGACACAAAAAGAAAUGUCAAUUGAAAUGAUAUAAAAACCGUAGAAGAAUUAAAAGUUGUAAUUUAUCUAUUUCCAUCCACAAUAGUAAUAACAAUCUAUAAUAUUUACAGUGCAAAAAGAGACAGAGUAAACCGAGCCCAAGAUAUAUAUAUAUACAAACGGUUAUAGGUAUAUGGGUAUCCAGAUGUUAUAUACAAUGGACCUAAAAAAAAAAAAAAUAACAAAAUAAUAGUGCAAUACAGUAGACAUAGCAUAUAUGUGGUGGAUAAAUACAUGUCUCUACCACUCACAUUCUUAUGAGCUACUUCAGAGCUCUGUUGUUUUGCGCAUGGACGGAACAAUCCCGUCUAAGAAUAUAUGAUGAUAUGGUCACCACGAGUACAUCGGGUAGGUGCAAUGUGCAGGGCAUAUGUGAAAGCAAAUACAGAAAAGAACUCCAAUGGUGAAGUAGGUACAGGUAGAUGUGUCAAAUUGGUAAGUAAAAAAUUAUACUCGCAUUUACUAGAACAGAACUUGCUCUAGUGUGAACAACAUGGGUGGUAUAAUCCCUACCUAAGGAUAUGUUGAUACCAGGAAGCAGUUGAUGGAUGCAAAAGAAAGUUGUACAUAUAAAAAGAUAAACUUGAAUUUGCCAAACAAAUAUAAAUUGGAUAAUAAAAACAAUAGUAGAUACUAAUGAGUCCCACUUGAUGUGUUUCGCCACUCAAAGGGGGAUUAUACCACCCAUGCUGUUCACACUAGAGCAAGUUCUACUCUAGUAAAUGUGAGUAUAAUUUUUUACUUAAUCACACAAAAAUAAAUUCAGCGCAGAACGAAAGUGAUAAUAGUCUUAAAACAAGUUGAACACUAAUACAGAGUCUAUUUUUCUUGAUCAGAAAACUGGAUAAAAACAGGGAGGUAGGUGCAGCGCUUCAGUAAUACUUGACAAGGUAUAUGUGGCGAGAACCAGAGAAUAAAUAAUAGUGUAGUAUUUACAACUGUAGUGAUGAUAGGUAAAAUACUGCACUCACACUUUCCUGGAGCUUCAAUACAGCUCCAGUCUAUGCGCCUUGGCGGAAUAAUCACCACCUAUGGAUUAAGUGCAGAGGUAAUUCUUCGGGGUAUCCUCAUACUACACUAUUUCUUCUCUGGUUCUCUCCACAUAUACCUUGUCAAGGAUUACAAAUAUUACUUAUAUUUGCUUUCACAUAUGCCCUGCAAAUUGCACCUUACCCGAAGUACUCGUGGUGACCAUAUCAUCAUAUAUCCUUAGACGGGGAUUGUUCCGUCCAUGUGUAAAACAGCAGAGCUCUGAAGUAACUUAUUUAUCCACCACAUAUACGAUAUAUCUACUGUAUUGCACUAUUAUUUUAUCUUUGGGGUUUUUAGGUCCAUUGUAUAAAACAUCUGGAUACCUAUAUACCUAUCUAAAUAUAACUAUUUGUAUAUAUAUCUUGGGUGCAGUUUACUCUCUCUUUUUUGCACUGUAUGUAUCAUCAAGGUCUUUGAAUCCUUGUACUGUUUACUGCUGCCUGCUUUGCAUCCCUUGAUAAAUAUUAUAGUGAGCCUCUAUUACUCUCUCUGUUUAUCGAUAAUAUUGGUACUGUAAUCUUUUGUGAUAGUAGUCAGUUGUAGAUAGCAAGGUGAUCUUUUACAUCAAUAUUAGUAUGUAGCAACACCACACUUGAUAGGGUUUUGCCCUAAAAGGAAAUCAGAGGAUCCAUAUCAUAACACUGCAAAUCUAUUCACCAAAAAUUUAAAUAAUUAAAAAUCCUUACACAUUUUGAGGCAUAUCUCACACAACAUGCCAUGUUAAGGCAAACCCACAAUUGGUUUUCCGGUUGUUACCCAGCCUCAUUAGUGCACAACUAGCAUUAUCCUGAUUAUCUCAUCUGCCUAGCAAAUCAGAACUUCUUGAGGUCACAGGGGUGACAUGUUCCAAUCAGAAUAUUUAAUCCUGGUUUGUUCUGUGCCCAAUUAUGGUUUCUAUCCUAAAUCCCAAUAGGUGCUUUCCUUAAGCCUUUUCUGUUUAUUAUCUAGUUUUGACAUGGCUAGUUUAUAAGAAUUUUGAGUACGUCUUUAUCCCUGACCCAAUUAUUGCUUUUCUGUAUAUUCUAACCUGACUAGUUUAUUCUGUUUAUCUGUUCAUCUAUGACCCUGAACUUGACUAGUUUUCUGACUCUAUACUUAUCUAUUGUAUAAGUUAAGUCUGGCCAUUCCAAGACCAGAUAAUUGAAGAUUAUGCUAGCGUUAGUGUACUAAUAAUUUUAAUAAUGACAGGAGGCGAGUAUUUUGCAUAACUCUCUUUACUAAACUCCAUAGCAGUAAAGAAAGAUAACCUUUAACCAAUCAAAAAUGCAGUAGGGAGUAUGACAUUCCCAGUAAAUAGGCUCCUCCCCCUCUUUCAGAAGCGGCAUCGUAAACAGGGAAGAAGUUCAAUAUAAAAGUCUGAAAUCAGUAACAAUAGAGGAAGGUUCCAAAAUAACAAUGAUUCUGAGGGUGAUCGUUAACCGACAUCAACGGUAGGAAAAAAGGUCCAAUGAGGACGGUGGUGUUCAUGGGUUGAGCAGUAAUCCGAUUAGUUUCCUGCAGUUAUCCCAUGCUCUUGCGAGGUUACACUGAAAGAGAAUGUGAAAUGGGUUAGACUUUGGUCUCCAAACUGGUUGUAGCAAUGGUAGCGGCCCUUGGCCUAAUAAUAUGACAUUGUUAUACUGAUUGGAUACAUCAUGAAACAUUUGUAUGACUGUAGUUAAGUGAAGUGGUAAAUAGGUACAUUGUCUAGACUAGUGCUAUAAACAAGAAAAACGUGAAUAGUGCUAAACCAGAAAAACGAGAAUAGUAUAGUGAUAGGGAGAUUCCCCUCUUCCCCGGGUGGGAAAGGGUGGGAAAAUACUCGCCUCCUGUCAUUAUUAAAAUUAAGAUUAUAAGUACACUAACGCUAGCAUAAUCUUCAAUUUUAUCACAUGACAGGAGGCUUCCUAUUUUGCAUUUUUAAUGCUGUUGUAUGAGCGACAAAGCCGCACCUGAGUUCGGGCGGAAGUAGAAAGUGCGGAACGUGGAUUCUCUUGACCAGUCUGCCGAACGUAGGAUGUCUGAUAGGGAUGCGCCCGCCGUGAAAGCCGUGGAUGCUGCCGCGCCGCGUACUGAGUGGGCCCCGAAGGAAGCGUCGACACCUGCCAGAGACAGUAUCCAGCGUACCCAUCUGGCUAGGGUGGUCGUUGAGAUGGGGACGUGAGGUCUAACGUAUGAAACGAGGAGUUGGCCCGAGGACGGGGUCCGAAUUGGUAAAGUAACUUCCACGUACCGUUGUAAAGUGGAGACAACACAGAGUUGUGGAUCUGAGGCAAAGAAGGGAUAGAAAACCGAAGUAGAGUCCGAUUUCGUGCGACGAGAUAUCCGGAACGUGACUCCCUCCGGAGAUACUGAAAAGGCGUCUAUGUCGAAUGCCUGAACGUCCGAAACUCUGCGGAAGGAAACUAGGCAGAGCAGAACCGUAAGUUUUGCUGAAAGUUGUCUAAGGGAUAAUCUGUCGUUCGUCGGCCAGUCUCUCAGAAAACGGAGAACCAUGUCCACGUCCCAGAGUCGCGAGUAUUUGGGACCUGGGGGAUGUUGCAGCCUGAUGCCCCUUAGGAGUCAACAUACCAGUGGAUCUUUCCCCACCGGUAUCCCCAGUACCGGUACGUGGGCUGCUGAGAUAGCGGAGCGGACUACGUUAAGUGAUCUGUAUGAUCGACCUGUGGUGAAAAGGUGAGAUAGAAAAUUCAAGACGACAGGAAUAGCGGCUGUAAACAGAUCAAGGUUCCGUUCCAUGCACCAAGUGGACCAGGAAUUCCAAGCGGAUAGGUAGCAUCUUCUGGUUCCUGGGGCCCAUGAGUCCCAUAGGAGGUCCCUAGCAGCCUGCGAUAGUUCGCCGACUUGCCAGGCACCCUGGAAAGAGUCCAGGCCACCAGGUUGAGUCGAUUGUCCAUAAUCAGUGGGUGAGGGUUGCCUUUCGGAUCCGUGAGGAGGUAUAGGUGGUGAGGCAGUAGGAGAGGGUCCCUGUAUGACAAGGCCAGGAGAUCCGGGAACCAUGGUUGUCCCUUCCAUAAGGGGGUGAUGAGUAGUAUCGAUACUUGUUGACUUUUCAGGUAGUGUAUGGUCCUUGCUAUCAUGGCGAAGGGGGGAAAAGCGUAAGCUCCCGUGUUCGGCCACGGUUGUAGGAAUGCAUCUACCGCUUCGCUCUCUGGGUCUGGGAUCCAGCUGAAAUACAUUCGUGUUUGCCUGUUGUUGCGUGAUGCAAACAGGUCCAGGUGGAGUGGGCCCCGGAUUUCCGUUAAGCGAUUGAAGAUCUGAGGAUCUAGCCUCCAAUUGCUUGUGUCUCGCCAGUGGCGUGAGAACCAGUCUGCCGUGAGGUUCGUCUCCCCUGGGAGGGAUUCCGCUUUGAGGGAGAUGUUGCGGGGUAGACAGAAGUCGAAAAUCUCCUUUAUUAUUUCUGACAGGAGAUGGGAUCGGGCUCCGCCUAGGCGGUUGAUAUAGCGGACUGCGGAGAUGUUGUCCAUCCUGAGAAGGAUGCAGCAGUCCGACUUGUCCUUUGCCAGGCUGCGAAUGGCGAAGGAUCCUGCCAGAAGUUCUAAGCCAUUUAUGUGCAUAUUGAGGUCUUGGGAGGAUCAGGUGCCCCCUGUCGACGUGUCUCCGUUUGUCGCGCCCCAUCCCCAGAGGCUGGCGUCCGAUUCCAGGAUUAUGUCGGGUGUGUUGCCGAAAAUGGCCCAACCAUUCCAUGCCUCCAUGCUGUCUAGCCACCAUCUGAGUUCGUCUUUCACUUCCUCUGUAAUGGGGACCGGUUGGUCGUCGGAGGGAUUUUGUCUGAGGCAGGAUGCCUUGAGUCGUUGCAUUGCCCUGUAGUGGAGUGGCCCAUUAAAGAUGGCUUGUAUGGAAGCCAAGAGGAGUCCCACCAGUCGAGCGAGGGUGCGGAGUGGAAUGGUAUGGGACCGAAUGGCCCUGCGUAGUUCUUUGCGAAUGGCCGAGAUCUUUGACGCUGGGAGUCGUAACGUGCUGGUGGUGGAGUCUAUCUCGAAUCCUAAAAAUUGAACUGUUUGAGAUGGAUGGGUGGCUGAUUUUUGGAAGUUCACGAUGAAGCCCAGGGAUGAUAGGAGAUCCGUGGUAUAUUGUGUGUGUUUUAUUAGUCUGGACCUGUCGGAGCAGAACAGUAGGAGGUCGUCCAGGUAUAUAAUGCAGCGAAUGCCUUGUGUUCGAAGAUGAGCGACCACAGGCUUCAUUAAUUUGGUGAAGCACCAUGGGGCUGAACUGAGGCCGAAGGGGAAGCACGUGAACUGCCAGGGAAGGUCUUGCUAGAGGAAGCGUAGGAAUUGUCGGCAGGAGUGGUGGAUGGGUACUGAUAUGCAUCCUUUAGGUCCAACCUUGUGAACCAAUCAUCUCUCAGGAGAUGUAUGCCUUCCAUCUUGAAGUGCCUGUAUGUGACGUAUUCGUUGAGUUGUUUCAAGUUUAUGACAGGUCGAAAUUCUCCCGUUUUCUUCUUCACCAAGAAUAUGUUGCUGAAGAAACCUCCGGGGUGGGAGGCGGGUUCGAUUGCCCCUUUCCGAUAAAGUUCUAGCAACUCGUUGUGUAUGAGUGCACGGUCCUCCAUAGGACAGUUGAAGGGAUGUGGAGGGUGCCUUUGACGUGGAUGGUCUACGAAGUCGAUGAUGUAGCCCUGUAUUGUUUGUAGGAUCCAUGCGUCCGUGGAUAUGGUCAUCCAUUCCUGAAAAAACAGAGAAAUGCGACCUGCUAUAUGUUGUGGGAGAGAAACAUGUGUUAGGUGUUUGCUUACCGGUAGAGAAACGUGCUCUGCCUCUGGUACGUGGUCCUCGUCCUCUGUCUGCACCCCGGGUGUAGGAGAAGGGUUGACGAUAUCCCACUUCUGGAUAGAAAGGCUGGGGUCUUGAAGUGCGGGGGCCUGAGGGCCAGAAACGGCUGACAGCACGGCCCCGUUGGCGGCCAGUCCUUCCAAAAACACCUCUGGUGGGAUUUUGUCAGAAGACUCUCCUCAUCGAGGAUUGAGCCUUAUUCAAUGAGGUAAACACGUUUACGUGUCUGUUUAAAUCUUUGAGGAACGGGUCUCCAAAUAAUUUACCCUGUGCCAGCGGACCUAGUUCUUUGGUGCCCAAUUCCACCAAUUUUCCGUCAAUACGGAGAAGUGCUGCUUUGCGCCGCUCGGAUGAGAGGGCGACGUUUGUGUUACCCACAAAGCAAAAGCAUCUUUGUGCCCACUCCCGUACAUCAUGAGCCCAUUCAUGCACCAUGGUUGCAUCAAAUUGGUCUGCUCUGGCAAGGGCAUCAUCAGCUACAUACAUGAUUCUGGCUAGUGGUCCCACUGAGUCCAGUAGUUUGUCCUGUACCCCUCUAAAGCCUUUUUCCACCCCUUUACGGGGGUCGCGGCCACCCCGAGACAUAAAGGUGGUCAUCACCUGAUCGAACUCGGGUGUUUCUGCUACAUGAUCCGGUAGCGAGGGUCGUGGGUAUUCUGACCGCAGCCGGUUGCGAACGGUCUUGUCUAAGGAUUUUCGUAACCAGAGAUGCAUAAAUUUUGCAAGAUGGUCUGGGGGUGUCCAGUCCCCUGAGCGUGGGUGCCGUAUGUUUCUCGGGUCAAAUAACUUCUGGCCCGAUGGAUCAUAGACGGCCUCCUCGUCGUCUUGCGGGAUCUCCGCGGUAUCUGGGUCUAGGGUGUCUUCCGGCAAGGUGUUUAAUAGAAAACCGGAUUGGGGUCCAGCGUUCGAGCCCCAUGAGUCAUCCUCUGAGUCUGACCCCUCUGCUUGCCAUUCGUCCAGGAUGGCCAUGGACUUUGUGUGGGUGUCAUCUUCGUCCGAAGAGUCUACGUAUUGUGCGGUCGGGGUGGCGACCAUAGAGAGUUUGUGCCGUUUGGCAGGGGCCUUACCCUUAGUCGGGUUUUGGUGCCCUUUCUCCCCUUUCCAAUGGCGCUUGCCAGUAGGGGGUUCUUGGCUCAUGUGAGAUUCUGGGGCUUCCGAAUCUGAAUCGUGUCGGGAUUGGUGGGAUUUUGAUGGUUUUCUCUUCUCAGAGUUAGAGGCCAUCAUCUUGGAGAGAGCUUUCUCCAUGGAGGCGGCUACUGCCUCAUUUAUCAUGGUUUGGAAGUCAGUUGUUUGAGAGGCUUCCAUCAUGUAAAUUUGGAAAAAAAAUAUAUAUAAAUAUAAUUGAACAGGUGUGGCACAGUGUAGAGGUCAGUAAAGCUGUAUGAGAAGUCACUGGAGUGACUAACAGGGCGACACCCUUGUAACCCCAGCAGGGUUUAUGUAACGUGUGGGUCAAGCAACACGUAAAAAUAUAUAUAUCCCCAGCAGGGUAUAUCAUAUGCAGUACCCCAGCAGGGUAUCCUUGUGGUUAUAGUGAUGGCUAGAACCCCAGCAGGGUAUAUAUGCCUUGCAGAAAUAGCUUUGUCAGUUUGCCCCAGCAGGGCAGGGGAAGAAAAAAACCACAGUAUUGGGAUUUAAAUAAUAUAUAUAUAUAUAUAUAUAUAUGUUUUAUAAGGUACUGGGCCUCACCCAGAGACAAUUAGAGGUGGCCACAGGGCGACCUCCAGUAGCAGCAAAUAGAGGGGCAGCACCCCGGCAGAGCACUGGUUAAUGAAAAACCUGUGUGCAAAAUACAGCUUUUUAUAAACUGCCUGACUGACCUCAGAUUCGGAUAGGAAGGAGAGGGUCUUCUUGUUCCGCCGACGGAGCUGAGUACCACUGUGUGGGACAGGUACUCGCGGGUGUUUUAAGAUGGCGGCGAAAUCUCGCGAUAAGCGUGAACCAAGAUGGCCGCCCCGCGCGCUGUUGCCAGUGGCAUAAUGGAGGGGAAGGAGGCGGACCCGGGAUGUGAGGGAAUAUUGGCGGUAAAAUAACCUGCCUGAAUGGGGGCGCUGCCCGAGGGCGGGCGGCCCAAAGUGUGCAAUACAAGUAGCAAUAAAAGUUAUACACAGGUAGGAUAGGAUAGAAACGAAAAAACAGGAAAGACCUGUACAGUAAAUAAGUUCUAAAAGAAAAUAGAUGAAAUAUAGAUGAAAAUAGAUGAAAACAUGAAGUAAUUACUUGACAAAAAACUUGACAAAUGUAAAUAAAGGGAAGAGCCAAAAUACUCUGACCUGUCUGCAAUGGGGCAGUAAAGAAAGAGGGGGAGGAGCCUAUUUACUGGGAAUGUCAUACUCCCUACUGCAUUUUUGAUUGGUUAAAGGUUAUCUUUCUUUACUGCUAUGGAGUUUAGUAAAGAGAGUUAUGCAAAAUAGGAAGCCUCCUGUCAUGUGAUAAAAUUCAUUUAUCUCUGUCUCUUCUGUAGUGAUACCCUCUUCCUGCUUGAUUGGGUAUACAUAUCGUGACACCAGGGACAAAGUCCAUUAACAUUGGACAUUUAAAUAUGUUUCGGGAGCUAAAUGUAUGCUUUUUCAAGAAAGAACGCGGCAUAAAUUCAUUCAAAUACAUAAACUUCCAUUCCCUAAUCCAUUUAAAGGGAUACUAACAUAAUGAAGCAAUUUAAAAGGACACUUGGAGAAUGGGUAUUCAUAAAACAUUUUAUUUUAUAAACCCUUCCAGUUUAAUAUAUAAAUAAUUGGCACAUAAUUUAAAGGCACACUCCUUAUGUUAAAUACACAAAUUUGUAUUUCAAGCAAUAAAGUGUUCUAUCUACGUAGAUUCAGGGCCCUCAAGUAAUUAAAAAAUUAAGAUGUUUUACUUACCUUCAGUCCUUGCAGCCAGCUUUGAACAUUGCUAAACACAAGCUCAUUGCUAAGUGCACUUAGAGUUUCCCAAAGUUAAUUAAUCUAGGGAAAAACAUUGUUAGCUCAAGUCUGUUUACGUCAGUGGGUGCUCAACAGAGGGAAGCUUGGAGAUUGUAAAUUUCAAAAGCAUAUCGUGCAUCAUGGUUUGUGAACCGACCCCUGUAAGUAUUUUGUUAAGAUUACUUAUCAGAGAUUAUUAUAUACAGCUGUCCCUGACAUUCCUACAGGUUUCUCAGAUUAUAAAAUAUUUUCUCAUGGCUAGUUCAGUAUAGGGGUUGUAUUCUUCUAAAACUGUUGUUCUUGUGCCCUGCCCCAUACCCGACAACCUCUACUCUAGUCUAACAUGCAGAGGCGGCUCUCUAAUUAGGUGGCCACCUAAGGACUCGCACUGGCUGGGGCCUUGCGGCCGCCUAAACCACCUGGGGGCAGACUGUGUCAGGUCCGAGGACCGAGGACCUGACACGAGGAAGGGGCCCGGCGGCUUGCCCGGUAUGCCGCCGGGUGCGAGGCCCCUCCUGGCUGCCUGGCCAGCCACUGCAGACACCGGUCUGCAGCUCCUCAGUGAGUAGAGCUGCAGACCAUGUGUCUUGCGAGAACUGACCAAUCAGAGCGUUGCCGCGGGUUACAUGGUCUGCAGCUCUGCUCACUGCAGAGAUGCAGACCGGAAGCAAGGACUACCAGGAAGUAAAGGUAAGUUCACUCUCACUCCCCUCAGCCUCACCACCCCACCACCCUCAGCCUCACCCCCCACCACCCUCAGCAUCACCCCCCCUCAUCGCGCUCAGCGUCACCCCCCACCACCCUCAGCAUCACCCCCUCAUCACCCACCCCUCAGCAUCCCCCCUCACCACCCACCACCCUCCAGUCACCAUCCCCACCACCCGCCUCCUGCAUCACCACCUCUAAGCAUCCCCCACCACCCUCAGCAUCACCCACACCUCAGCAUCAUCUUCCCUCACCACCCUCAGCAUCAUCUUCCCUCCCCACACUCAGCCUGCGCCACCCACCACCCUCUGCCGCCACCCCACACCACCCUCAGUAUCACCACCACCACCCUCAGCCUCACCCACCCCACCCUCAGCAUCACCCCCACCUCCUUCCAGCUUCCUCCCCACCACCUCAGCCUCUCCUCCCCACACCUCCCUCAGCAUCACCCUCCCUCACCACCCUCAGCAUCACCCUCCCUCACCACCCUCAGCAUCACCCUCCCUCACCACCCUCUGCCUCACCACCCCACACCACCCUCAGCAUCAUCUUCCCUCACCACUCUCAGCAUCAUCUUCCCUCACCACUCUCAGCAUCACCCUCCCUCACCACCCUCAGCAUCACCCUCCAUCACCACCCUCAGCAUCACCCUCCCUCACCACCCUCAGCAUCAGCUUCCCUCACCACCCUCAGCAUCACUGACCACCCUCAGCUUCCGCUCCCCCCACCACCCCUCAGCAUCACCCCCAUACCACCCUCAGCAUCACACCCCACCACCCCACACCACCCUCAGCAUCACCCCCUCACCACCCCCACACCACCCUCCCAGCGGCAUCACCCCCACCACUCUCGGCUUCACUCCCCCCCACCACCCUCAUCCUCUCCUCCCCACACCUCAGCCUCUCCACUCCCCACACCACCCCCUCAGCAUCACCACCAUCACCCACCCUCAGCAUCACCCACCCUCAGCAUCACCCGCCCUCAGCAUCACACACCCUCAGCAUCACCCACCCUCCCACAUCACCCACCCUCCCACGCAUCCACCCUCCACAUCACCCACCUCUGCAUCACCCACCCUCACCAUCACCCCCCUCACCAUCACCUCACCAUCCUCAGCAUCACCCUCCCUCACCACCCUCGGCAUCACCGUCCCUCACCACCCUCAGCAUCACCCUCCCUCACCACCCUCAGCAUCACCCUCCCUCACCACCACCCCCCUCACUAUCAACACCCCACCACCCUCAGCAUCACCCCUCAGCCUUUAUAUAUCCCCACCCCCCCUCCCCCACCAUCUCCACCCACCCUCAGCAUCACCCCCUCAGCAUCACCCCCACCACUGCCUCAGCAUCACUCACCCUCAGCAUCACCCUCCCUCACAACCACCCCCCCUCAUCAUCAACACCCUCACCAUCAACCCCCUCCCCUCCUGUCAACCCUCCCCACCUCACCAUCACCCCCCUCCUUCUCAUCAACCCCUCCUUCUCCAUCACCCCUCCCUCUCACAUCACCCCCCCCCUCUCACAUUUACCCCCCUCUCACUCCACAUUACCCACCCCCCUCUGCUUUCCUCCACAUUACCAUCAUCUCCUCCUCUCCCUAUCACCCCCUCUCCUAUCACCCCCACACACCUCACCUCUCCAUGUCACCAUCACCUGCCUCUUCCUCUCACCAUCACCCACCUCUCCUUCUCACCAUCACCCCCCCAUACACACAACACACUUCAAGCAGCUACCCCAUACACAUAGGGUCUCAGACAAAAAUGCAAACAUGCUCACAGAGACAUACAUUCACACACAAGGAUACUCUCUGUCAGAAAAACUCUCUCAGGCACAUACACAGGUAAACUGUGCAUCAGUAUGUAUAUGUGACACUUUUUUGUUAGUGGGGCCUCAUGUUUGAGUUUCGCCUAAUGCCUCAUAAAGUCUAGAGCUGCCUGAGUUGACAUGAGUUCUUCCGUUAUUGGGUUAGUCACACUUCAAAAGAUGUAUUUUUGUUCUAAAAGUAAUCGGAUGUUCUGUCAAAAGUAGUAGCACCAACCUUAAAGGGACACUAUAGUCACCAGAACAACUACAGCUGUACUGGUUCUGGUGUCUGUAGCCUAUUCCUGCAGGCUGAACACUGCAAACACUGCCUUUUCAGAGAAAAGACAGUGUUUACAUUACUGCCUAGGAGCACCUCUAGUGGCUGUGACUCACACGGCCACUAGAGGUGCUUCCUGGUGUUCAGCGCCUCCACGCGUUUCAUGGAGAACGUUCCUCAUAGAGAUGCAUUGAUUCAGUGCAUCUCUAUGAGGAGAUUCUGAUUUGCCAUGGUGGCCUUUUGCCAAGCAUGCGCAAUAGCCUCCCCAUGAUUUCCUAUGGGAAAGCAUCAGAUUGGCUGAGAUCCUCAAGUUUGAGGUGGAGCGGGUGUGGGGCCAUCCGAAAGGAGAUCCACGCAGCGUUUUGAUAAAGGUGAUUAAAAGCUUCUUUUACUUUUCUGAUGGGGGGUCGGCCACCUAAACUAUGUUUACACAGCUAUAGUGACAGGACUAACGUGUUUGUAUUCCUGACACUAUAGUUUACCUUUAAGUUAGACUGAAAUUUAGCAGGCUAAGUUUGGUCAGGAAAGGGAUGGAAAUUUAGAGAUUAAAGAAUUGACGUGGUACCUCAGCAUUUUCCAAGCACAUGCAGGGUUAUUCUCUUGUGAAUUUCAAAUUUAAGGCACAAUAGCUGCACUGUAAAAAAAUCUGUAAGUCCUCUAUCCUUCCAGUUCAUCUACUUGGCCUUAAAUGUAGAAUUCACUUUGAAUUCUAAUUUUAGUGAAUAACAUUGAGAGACUCCAGGAUAAACCUAACAGGUUGCCAGAUAUGGUGCCCUCCAAUAAAUAUAUAUAAUCGCAGAUAUGCUAUUAGAUGUGAUCAUGAUCUGAUAUCUUGGUUAUGUUCAAGAACCAGUUUAGCUUUUGACUACUUACUGCUAUUGUUAUGUAGGUCCAGACAUUUGGAGAACGGAUUGGCCUCUUUGUCCUUAACUGCUUAGUGUGUGGGUUUACGGAGGGUGGUGAGUCGGAGGAUGGAGUCUGCUUUCUUCCACACUCUGCAGGAGAGCUAGCCAAGAUCCUCUGGCACCAUGGAGAGGCAGUAGCAUUCUACACAUACAAAAUCAAAGGUAAAUGCCUAUUUCUCUGUCUCGCUCUUCCUCCCUCUGCCUUUGUCCCUCAGUCUGGAGGAUGGACUAGGGGUGAGUGCUACAUAAAAAGUAACACCCACAAAGCGGUGAAAAUAGCAUAGGUGAGGUGAGUAUAUCUUGAUAUUUUACAUUGAAUACAGCAUGUAUCUUUGUGACAUAUGAUGUAUUCAAUGUAUAUCAGGGCGAUUUGCAGUAAGUUCAUUUUUUUCUUUGCUGGUUUUAAAGGAACACUAUAGUCACCUAAAUUACUUUAGCUAAAUAAAGCAGUUUUAGUGUAUAGAUCAUUCCCCUGCAAUUUCACUGCUCAAUUCACUGUCAUUUAGGAGUUAAAUCACUUUGUUUCUGUUUAUGCAGCCCUAGCCACACCUCCCCUGGCUAUGAUUGACAGAGCCUGCAUGAAAAAAAAACUGGUUUCACUUUCAAACAGAUGUAAUUUACCUUAAAUAAUUGUAUCUCAAUCUCUAAAUUGAACUUUAAUCACAUACAGGAGGCUCUUGCAGGGUCUAGCAAGCUAUUAACAUAGCAGGGGAUAAGAAAAUCUUAAUUAAACAGAACUUGCAAUAAAGAAAGCCUAAAUAGGGCUCUCUUUACAGGAAGUGUUUAUGGAAGGCUGUGCAAGUCACAUGCAGGGAGGUGUGACUAGGGUUCAUAAACAAAGGGAUUUAACUUCUAAAUGGCAGAUGAUUGAGCAGUGAGGCGACAGGGGCAUGUUCUAUACACCAAAACUGCUUCAUUAAGCUAAAGUUGUUCAGGUGACUAUAGUGUCCCUUUAAAUAAAAACUUCAACCACCGUAGCCACUAGCACCUCUUUAAUGUUUUAGACAGAUUUGACAACUUACCCGGGUCCUCUAGGAAGCCAUGCCACCUCCAGGCUUCUCCUGCUUACCCUAAGCAGGGCCAAUACUCUGCUCACUGGCUGGGAGUGCUCGGCUCCCAUACUCAGUCACUGAGUGCAGCCCUGCAUGUCCCUGUGUAGCUCAGGAUAUGCAGCCAGUUGUAUCCAGUGGAACCCAGGCAAGUUGUCAGUCCAUUCUAAAAUAAUUUUAUAAACUACAUUGGGAUUGCGCAAGGGCACUUCUGGCUCCAUAAUCACUGCAGUUGGCUGUAGUGGUUAUGUACUUGGAGUGUUCCUUUAAUGGUGUUUUAAGAGACCUCUGUUGUCCAAUUAUGCCAUGUUUACCCUGCUCUGUAGCUAGAUGAUUUUUUACAGCACAUUGUUUGUGAGCAGUCUGUGUUUGCCUGGUGGUGUCAGAGAUUUUAACAAACAGGGUCAUUUUUGGCAGCGAGGUCGUUCCUGGCCUCUCUGUGCCAAGACCAGCUUAAGGCAACAGAAAUAAUUACCUCCUGUUGACUGUCUCAUCAGGCUGAGGUGACGGCAUCCGCUGUGUGUUUUGACAAUACCCUCAGUCUGCUGACUUGCUGGCUAUACAAAGCAUGACUCACUAGCUCCACCCACUCUUUUUAAGCCUCUGGCUGUAUUCUUACAUUGCCUUUUUUUUUUUUUUUUUUUUUAAACACAGUAACUAGGUUAUACACAGAUCAUAGGAACAGAAUAUCAUUUGCCUUACAUUAACCAGAAGUGUUUUGGCUUCUCUGGAGCCUCUAUCGUUAUAUCCGGUGGGUCCAAAUAUGUACGGUAAUAUUGGACUUGUUUUCAUCCAGUCUACAUCGUUCAUAUGUUCUAAAUUAGGACAGAGAAGUUUAAUUAUUAUGCACCAUUGAUGAAAGGUUUACAUUAUGUUACAAGGGAAUUGUGUAUCAAAUGUGAGUGCAGAUGUGGAAAAAUUAACCUAUCAUUUGGGAAAAUAAUCUCCUGCACAUUCACACUUUUAGAAGUUUGACCUAAAUGAAUUCUUACACAUAUCCGUUUGCUUUCACGCUAAUACAUAUUGAGAAAACUGUUCAGUAAUCACUGCUGUGUUGGAGAGACUACAGGUAAAUCAUUGUAUGUGUGUUCAAUUAAUGCACAGGUAGGAAAACUAAAGAAAAUAAAGUUGCGGGAAUAUAUUAUUUUCAUAGGUUACAUUUUAUACCCCAUAUAGACUCAGUGCUCAUUAUCAAUUUUUUCACAAGCACCAGAUAAUCUGACAACGACAGCUUUCCAAUUGCUUACAACAAAUUAAAAAGCAAAUACCAAAUACUCGAGCCUUUACUUUUUCUAAGUGUUUAUGGUGAACAAAAAUCAUUACAGUUUGGAACAAAUGAUCAUAUUCGAAAUAAAAUUAGGCAAACUAAUAACACAUGAACUGCAUCUGUCGUCAAGCUCAUAAACCCAGUCAUUCUAAUGCAUACACCCGUCACCCCCCAAAAAAUAAAAAAAUUAUUUGAAUACCUGCUGUAUUUGAAUUACUUUUAGUUGAAUGUGAAGUGGCAGUCAACAAUACGUUAAUAAGAUUGAGAUUCACUAUUAUAGCCUUUACUAUCCAGCUUUGCCAAAACACAUUCCGACUCUUUUAAUGCCAUGUAUUGAAUUUGAUACAACACAGUGCCCUGUCUUUAUUGCUCUUACUGUGAAGAACACUUCCAUUUGUUGCUGGUGAAAUUUCCUUUUUUUUCAAGUAUCAAUGAAUGGCAUCUUUGCUCUGUGUACAAUACAGUUAAUAAACCGGUAACUAGAGAGAUGUUGAGCUCAUAAAUGUUUGUAUAAUGCUAAUCAAUUGAUACGCUUUUUCAAUGCAACAUUGUACCUGUUUGAAUGGAAUAAAUAUUAUGCCUUAACUUGGGGUAAAUGUUAUAGUUCUCUCCUUUUGUGUCUUGUUUAAUGCCACAGGAAGCUUGUAUAAUGACAGAAGCAGCCAUUGUUACCUGCUACCUGUUCUAGACACAUUGUUUGUUAGAAAGAGAUGGCGAAGACAUGGCUUGGGAACACGAAUGUUACAAGAUUAUUGCCAAACCUUUGCAAGGGAGCUUGCUUUGGGUGUCAGUUGCCCUAUUUCUCCUGCUAUGUAUCGAGGUAAGAUUACUUGGGAAGGAUACAUGAGAUCACAAUAAUUAAUCAUUAAAUCAUGAUUAAAGAGAUACUUGGGAAUACAUGGCAAUUCUGUGAAAACCUUCCAAGUAUUUUAAAUAAUCUGUAAAACAUUUUCUAGAUCUGCCGAAUGUGUGUUUCUAACACUUGAAGACAGUCACCACUUGGAAACUAAAUAUACAUCAUGUAAAGACCAAUGCAGUCCACAGAGUAUUUCAAUAAAAUAAUAAUUUUUGUCCAGUGUACAAAACGAGAUACAAGCUUAAAGGAAUACUACUUAACGUCCCUACUGCACGGGCAGACCCCCUCCGACAAAGCUUCCCCUUCCAAUGGGCCGAACACAAAAUUAGAUAUUUGGGAGUCUGGCUGACCAAACAGAGUGGGAAUAUGUUUAGGGAAAAUUUCACAGAUACACUCCAGACGUUCCAAAAAGACAUGCGGGAAUGGUCAUAUCCUCACAUCUCAUGGUUAGGGAGAGUACAGGUUAUAAAAAUGAACUUCCUCCCAUGCCUCCUAUACCUCCUCCAAGCCAUCCCCAUCGAGAUCCCGUGCCCCUUUUUUAACACUCUUAGAACAGAAAUGACCAGAUACGUGUGGAACGGGGGGAGACCCAGGGUGAAAUUCUCCACCCUGACGCGACCUAAGGACAAAGGAGGAUUAGCCCUCCCAGACUUCCACCUAUACUACGUGGCCACACACCUACAGAGAAUUGUGGAGUGGUCAAAAGACGGAGUGCACAAAUUAUGGAAGACGGUGGAAGAGACAGAGACGGGUAGGCCGCUCUCGGGACUACCCUGGGGCCGAGACACGGCAAAAUGGGGCGAAAUGUCCAUCUACACAAAACACACUCUGAAAGUAUGGAGGAGGGCAGCGGGGAAGGGGAACAUGUCGCCAUACCCUUCUCCUCUCUUACCACUGACGCACAACAACGACUUCCCCCCGGGACUAGACCCAAGAGCCCUCAAAGACAUCCUCCCAGACUCACACCCAUGCUUACACCAUGCCCUGCAGGGGGGGAAAUGCAAAAAACUGACAGACAUGAUGGGAGAGAUGCCCCCAACCUUUAUGCAUCACUUUAGAUAUACCCAACUAAUCAACUUCGUCCAUACUCUACCACAUGGACCAGCGCUCACUAAAGAACAUACCACACUAGAAGUGGUCUGCAUGCACCCAGACCCGCUCCCACAUAGAGUGUCCUUCCUAUACACCAUGCUACAAACGGACAUCCCAACCAAGACACCCCUAUUUAUGGGGAAAUGGGAGGCUGCCCUCGGAUACACACUGACAGACACGGAGUGGGAGUCCAUUUGCUACCUCACACACCACUGCUCUACCCAUAGCAAAACGCAAGAGACAGCCUACUAAUUACUAACACACUGGUACAGGACACCACACCUCCUCCACCAGAUAGACCCAGACCAAUCCGGCCUAUGCUGGAGAUGCCAACAAGAGGAAGGCAGUAUAACACACAUCUGGUGGGACUGCGCAAAGAUCAAACCAUAUUGGCGGAAUAUACACAAAAUGCUAGAGAAAUUCACGGAUGAGCCACCCCCCCUGGAACUGGCAGCGAUGCUCCUGCAUUACACUUCUGUUCCCCACUCCAAAUACAAAAGGUCUAUGACCAUUCGAAUGUAGCCAAACGAGUGCUCCCCCAAUUCUGGAAACAGAGCAUAACACCCCCACUUAAGACCUGGUUCAGCCAAAUGGAGGAACUCAGGACAAUAGAGGAACUGACCUUGACGACUAAUGCUACCCCAACGACCUACAUGGACAUAUGGACAUAUUGGAUCCUAGAGACGGCGAAGGAAGGAUUCCAAAUGGAACUCAGAUCCGACGAACGCCACACCACAGACAGAUAGGACUUAGGAAACACACACUGGAUGACAGAUGAUGACAGACAACUGACUAUCCUAACACCCCCACCACAACCCUGACUUUCCUCCCCCCUUCUAAGGACCCACACGAGACAACAACCCAAGCAGAUACACAUACCAAUAAGAGGAGACACCUGAGCCCUGAACAUAAAACUCAUAUGGAUCCAGGUAUAUCUCCCGACCUACAAGGGACACCACCCCCAUGGCACACACAACGAACAGACAUGAUAAUUUUUCGGACAGCCCGAGGGCAACACCAAAAUACACUCACGCCCUCCCGAAAUUAUGGAACACAAACCCCACAAUACGGACGCACCCUUACCCACACACACGACACUCAGGACACUGAGAGGAGAAACGCACGAAUCCACUCAGGACACAAUACACAACCCAAGAUGAAGAGACCUGUGGGUCUCCUAACAAUAGAGGUUGGAUGAGAGGCCUCCGAGCCUCAGCACAUUCUAAACACAAAUCACAACUGCUGUACACGAAAAUGUAUAAACCAUAUACAUACGGCUUGCUCAAUAGGCCAAGUUGCAGAUAAAAAAUGUAAUUGAGGAUAUUCGUGAAACUUGAUAAAAGGGACUUGCAAGCCCGUCAACAUUGUGGGCCUGCGAGCCCAACUAAAUAUCAGUGUUUUCUUAUCUUAUGAUAACUCACCUUGGAGACCUGCAAAUCUCAAAAUCUUGAAUAAUCUAAAUAAAUAAAAACUAUAUUCACAAAAAAAAAAAAAAAGGAACACUACAAGCACCAUAACCACUACAGUGCCAUACCCUGGCAACCCCUUAUGGAAGUAGUUGAACCGUUUUAGGCUUCAGGGAGUGGUGCCUGGCAGACCUCAGGUAAGAAGUCAAACUGUUCUGAAAUGGUCUUACUACUUACAUCAGAGGGUUUGCCAGUGAACUCCUGCAACCAUAACCACUACAAUGUGCUGGAGUAGUUGUGGUGCUUAGAGUGUUAAUUUAACAAAAUAGGCACUCAAAUAAAUACAAAAGAUACAAUACUGUUUGAACACUCCUACCAUAUUGGGCUUUGUGAAAGAUGCUUAAUUUUGAAGUCAGCCAGUGGGUGCUCCAUGCAUUGUUAUAUAUCUUACAUCAUAAUAUAUUUGUUGACUGCAGUGUACACCACAAAAAUACACCCUUCCAUUUCUAAUUACAGUAUGCAGCAAAUUCUUAAGGGAUCAUCCCGAAGAACAAGAUCGAAUGUGGGAAGUGGACCCUCCAGGUGACUGGAGUCAGAGAAUUAACAUCUGGUUAAAGAUUCAGCUUGGAGAGACUCCAGCGGUAAGUAUUGUCAGUGUGUCACUUGUUGAAAUAUUAAAGAGGAGAAUUGUUAAAAGGACAUAGUAGACACUGUACCUGUUUCCUCUCGUUGAAGUAGUUGUAGUGUCUGGAUGUUGUCCUUCUACAUUAAAGGGAUGCUCCAGUGGCAAAAUAGAGAAAAUACAUAAAUAAAAAUCACGGUUUAGUAGAUGUAUCCCCAAUGAAACCUGGCGUGCAUUUAAUUAUGCAUUUUUAUCAUUUGGGGGUAUAGGUUUAUACAGUUUGAAAAAGCUUUAGUUAUCUUGUUUGCUGCCUUUGCAAGCCCUCAUCUUCUAACCCCACCCAGACUUUCUGUGGUUGUCCAAUCACAGACUUCCCAAUUCAGCUCAAUGAGAAGUCUUUGCAACGCAGGUGCUCUGAGCAUUUGCUGCCUCUUGAGUUUAGCAACACGGAGCUAACCAAACUAGGAAGUAAUAGGAUCUUACUUGCUUAAAAGCCAGGGGGGAUGUAUAGUUAAUUUAUAAAAGUGUCAAUUUCUAUUGAAAUCUACACAUUUUCUACAGUGGAAAAAAAAAGACAUUCUUUGCACGUAAAGGAAUUUAGCAAGCUAAAAUGGGAUCUUUAAGGGUUUUGGGUGUCUCUGCAAGAGAGCUAAUGACCGCUUUCAGUUUACCACAGCACCCAUUCGAGGUAUGACUUGGUAUGACUAGAAGGAAGUCUGUAAUCACUGUUUAAGCCACAGCUCCAUUAGGGGCUGAGUUAAGGGAGAUUAAUAUGCAGUAUUCAGUGUUAAACUGCUUGAAAAUGGUUUAACACUCAAUGGAUUGACAAUGUCACAGGAAUCCACACUAUAAACAAUUCACAGUGCACCCAGCAGUGAUGCCGAAGCUGGGAUUAUGUCAUAUCUUGGCGGUCGGCUCACUGCAGGGCGUAUGAGGAAGCUGUCCAGGCGGAGCACAGAAUGUAAAGGGCUCCCUGCCUUCCUCGCCACCCCUGCUUUAAAGUAUUUGCAUUUAUAUUGUGUGCUUUUUCCUAAAGGCUUACAGAAAUAUUUAAGUUUUUAACCUGAAGGAAAAAGAAAACUUAAAAUCUGCCAUUUUUAACUAUGUUUAGGCUGUAUUUCCAUUUUAAAUUGUUACAUUAAAAAAAGCAAACAUUAAACAUUUUAUAUAAGAUUUCAGUUUAUUUAAAAGAUCACAUGUUAAAACAUAUAUGUGAAAUGUAUGAAACUUGUCCGUGCCUGUUUGUGCUGUUAAUGCUGCAUGAUUUCCCAUCUAGGCAUUGUGUGCCAUGAAAUAAAUGCUAAUUCUAUCUGGCUGAAAAUACUGAACAGUCAGUCAGAACAUACACUGGUUUCACAUGGAUCACAUUGUCUCUUUUCCCUUUCUGAAUCACGUCUACCUAAUGGAUAAUAGAAAAUUUCAAUAAUUUACAUAUAGAUUGGAGAUUGUUUCAGUUUUAUUUAUAUUGACAUAUUGAAGUAAUGCCGUCUGUCAACACAACCAUUGGUCACUCAAACACUGGGGUAAUGUUGGGAUUUAAUGUCUAUUCAGUAGCAAUAAUAUUUCACAUAAUUAGAUAAUAGCACAUGAGUAUGUACAUAUAGUAUAUCAGCAUUAUAGAUCUAACUACAUUUUACCGGUAUAUUAGACACAUUCUGUUCCCUCUAAUUAGCUUGUAUUUUGUUGAUUUGUACAUAUAAUAAUACAUUAAAAACUGAGAAUGUAAGAGGAAUUCAGCAGUUGGUGAAAAUUAUAGCUAUCCUGUUUCACUUUAGCAAGUUUAAAAAAUAAAAAAAAAAUGUAGAUUUUAAUAUUCAGCCUUUUUUUGGUUUUGUUAAUUUUUUUAAAAUAAUUUGUUGACAACAAAACAGAACACCAAUUAUUUUAUUUGAAUUAUGUUAGUAAUCCUAUACCGUUUUUUUUCACUUUAACAUUCAUCUAUCUAGUUGCAGGAGUGUAUAUCAGACUACACCAGUGAAUGCACAGAUACACACAGCCUUUCAAAUGGAAAAAUCGUAAAUGGCCGUCUUGAUAGGAAAGGCUCCAUCUCACCUGAGGAUGAUUCAUAUGUUGUUUUAAGGACACGGUUGGAAAACAAAAAGAGAAGACGCACGACGGACUGUAGAGAAGAAAUAGUCAACAAGCAAAGAAAAAUUAACUGAGGUUUUAAGCACGUUUUGUGUGUUCUCUUGCAUUGAACUAAACAUGAUCCAUAGAGUGAAUGUGAAUGCAGUCUUCCCCUCCAAAAUGAACUAAUUGUGCUUAUUAAUCCCAUAAUAACACCUUAAAUCUGUAAAACUGCAGUCAAGAGGGAAAAUUGUGAGGAUAAUUAUCUCAACAUGCUGUUUGGUUCUGUUUAACCAAAGGCACGUCAUUUGGAAUGUGUAAUAAUGACUUGUCUAAUUAUUGCUUUUAAUGUUUACAAAUAAUUAUUUUGUAUUUAAUGAGCAAAUAGUCCCUCAUUUAUGUGGACUGCAAUGGCUAUAUUUUGCAUAAACACCACUGGGACACUGUAUUCUGAGUUUGUAGGAAUAAAUAACAACCUUGUAAACCGAAUAUCUCCAUUAUCUAAAGAUACAUCCUCUUGUAUAACAUACAUUAACAUAAAUAUUGAGGCGGUACAUAGCUGCAUAUUGCUAUUUUGUCAACUCCCUGCUGACAAUGUGAGAAGGAUUUCAAAUAAUUUUACUUCUCUGUGAGCGUUACAUAUCGCAGUCUGGUAUGGGGUUUGACAUAUAAGAGUCACGAAGGACUACACCCAACAGGUACUUCUCAAAAUAUAUAUGAAAAGACUAUGACUAUUAGAUAUAUGUCAAGUUAUAAUACCAUGACCUUAUAGCUGAAACUGA